GGAGAGAGCGGUACGUGGUCAGGGGGCGGCGGCUCUGAGGGGGGAUUAGCUUGGCUUUGCGAGGGACCAAGCAGCGCCGGGGUUGCCGCCGCGCGCCCCGCGCGCCUCCCCUCCCCUCCUUCCCACUGGUUGCGCGACCUGCCAAUCCGCGCCGUAAUCCUGCAGGAAUUUCCCUCAGGCUUCAACUAGGAGUCGCGCUCGCACAGCCCUGGGAAAGGAAAGCCGAGCGGAAAAACGGCGAGUUAAGAGCGCGGCUUGCGACGACGACCGCCGAGGCUCCGCUCCCUUCUCCCCGCGGACAACUCCGGCGCCUCGGCCAAACUUUGUGGCGUUGCCUGCGCGCCUCUCUUGGCCGGACCCGGCGCGAGGGAGAGAGGGACGGGCUUGAGUCCGACGAAGCGGCGAGGAGGCGAAGGCGAGCGAGCGGCGGCGGCGGCAGCGGCAGUCCGGAGCAGCCCACCAGCCCAGCCCCUUCCCCUUCUGCUCCCCACAAGCCAGCCAACUCCUCCCUGAAGCGAGCGAGGAGGAGCGGCGUCUGCAGGAGCAGAGACCAGGGAAGAGGGGGAGCCCGCGAGCCCGUCGCUUCUGCCGGCCAGGAGGGGGGAGGAGGAGGAGGAUUACUCGCAGGACCUGCCUGGGAAUCUCUCCUCUCCAGCGCGCGCUCUCCUUUUUUUGUGGAGGGGGGGACGGGUCCUUCGAAGCCACCGCUUGCAACCCCGGGAAUAAUGUGGAACGUGUGGAUACUGCUUGCUUUCGCCUCGGCGGCCUGCGUCUCGGCAGAGACGGUACGUCCCUUCUUCUUCUUGCAAAAAGAUUUGUUUUUGAGGAGUGGGCGGGAGGGAGAAGCGGAGCAACCGUGGGACGAAUCGAUACUGGCAGCUUCCUUUCUCUCCCCCCCCCCUUCGCUUUCAGUCGCAUUCCAUGCAGCCGGCCACCCCGCAAGCCUUGCAGCCAACCCCGAUGCCCCCUAACUGCUGCAUUUUGGUCAACUGGUGCGGAUAAACAACCCCCCCUCCCGCUUCGUGCAGGCAGCGAAGCCCCGCUGGCUAUUUCAGCGCCUGCAGAAACUUCGCUUCACUUUCCCCGCUGCGCUCGAGGAUUCUUUUUCCUGCCCUCCCCGCUCCGCUAGUUAGUGCUGGCAGCCAACAGCACGGAAUGUCACGCUGGCCCCAUCUGAGAUGCGGGGGGUGUCUAUUUUGGAAAAAGCCCCCCCCUCUCGAUUCUAGAAGCCCAGGGGUCGGCCCCGAUUUGGGGAGGGAAAGGGUGGGGGCGACGGCUCAAUCGGGAGGAAGGAUGAGACGCCCCCGCUGUUCCCACAUCUGCUGCGCAGAAGUUUUGCUGAGGUCAUUCGCAAAAGAUCAAAACUUUUCGAGCAGAAAAGGGGCACUUUGGUCUUUCAGCUCCUUGGUGGUGAUAUGCGAGACUGGGGUUGGCGGGUGGGAGGAAAGGAGAGAGGGCAGCUCAUUGUAUGUCACCAAGCAGUGAUUUUCCUGGAAUUGGGGCCAGGCUGUUGCAUUGAAGGAUGUUCGUCCUGAAGAGGCAUUUGACAAAACCUUGCGCUGCAUUUCUGAUGCUCUGUUUGGGUGGCGCCUCCUUUGUUUUUUUUAAUAAAGUACCCCAAAAAAUUGUCCGAAUAUAAUGGUUUAAACCGAAAUGCAGAGAUGGGAAAGCUUUAUAAAUGCAUCAUAAAAAGUCAUCUCUUUUUUUAAAAAGUGGGUGCAUGAGACAAGAGUGUGGCUGCUUUUUUAGCACUGUAGAAAAACAGUUUGUAAUUGAUUCAGACCUCCGAUGCUGCCGCUUCAGUUUGUCCACUUUGCCUGGAAGACUCAGGAGAACAUGAUAUGAUGGUGAUUCAAAUUGUGAUCAUUGUUUUUUUGGGGGGGCAGGGGUGAGAAUCCCAGAGACAAUCUUUAAGUUCAGCUUGAUGGAUCGGAACUGAAAUGUGGAUUUGGUCAGAAGCUCGCUAUAUGAUAGCUUCUCCCCACCCAACAACAACAAAAUUAUAAGCAGACUUAAGAGUUAAAUCCAUCCCCAGAAAAGCUUUCUGGUUGGACCUGUGGGAUUGAUAUGUUGCAUAGAUCGUUAGAAUGGAAUUGGGGAAAUGUUUUCCCUCUUGGGGUUUGUUUUGCAGUUGACUAACAGGCUCUCUUUAAGUUUAGAAACCAGUCAGGGAUUCCUCUGGGCUGUAGCUAUGGUGCUUACCCAGGGUGCCUGGAAAAGGCUGGCUGUGUCCCUUCUUGCCUUCUGCCUCUGACAUAUAGUGGAGUUUAAUUGUUGACGCUAAGACAUUUAAGAAUCGAAUGCCUUUCUGGUCCUUGUGCAAUCAAAAACUCUUCUUUCCACCCCCUUGCAUGGAAAAGUGAUGGGAAAUCUUUUACUCUGCAAAAUAGCUCAAAUCCCUGCAGGAUUCUGUUGCUGAAAGUGCUUGUAUCCCUCGAGAACUGGGAGGUUCAGCUGCAGAUCUUGAGCAAUAUAUGUUGUGGUCUCUUCCCUCAUCACUUCAGCAUAUCUGAAACUCCUCAUGUAAAAAGAUCUUGUGCUCUUUUCUGGCUGUGUUACAUCCUCUUCCUUGCUCCUCUCUUUCUGGUGUUCAAGGUUAGAAGUACUUCAGCAUACCUUGAAUUUAUGGAAUUUGCAGUUAGCACAGAGUUUCUCUCUGGAGUAGCUUGUUUGCAUUUCCUAUUCCCCUUAUGCAUAAUACAGGCUUCAAAACUACUGAAUAAUAAUGGGGAAGCCAAGCUGAAAUCUGAUAAUAAUAUGAGAUUUCCCCCUCGCCUAAGGAUUUUGAUGUGGCUUUAGUAUCUUGUUCUCUGCUCAUACAGAGUCUCUCUCUCUCUCUCUCUCUCUCUGUGUGUGUGCUUGCUUGCUAGGGUACUGUCAAUGGGGGGGGGGUCCUGUCUCUGCUUGGCUUAGUAUCAUUGAGAAGCGUUCCAGGCAAUCCUGUAUCCUUACAGAAGUUGCAGUGAGGAAAAAAUAAGCACUUCUCUGUGGUUAGAAAGUGUAUAUAGGAACUAAUUGUGGAGUUUGCUGAUUUCUCCCUCCUUCCUCUUUAAAAUGUUUUGGAUGUCUUUGAGCUGCUCGACUUUGCUGUCAUGCGUUUCCAAAACCAGUAGCCUGAUAAUGAAUAUUCACAUAAGUUUUCUGGAGUUAAAUAAGACUUACAGCCAACUCCAAAUUAAAUGUGCAUGGGAUUGCAGCCCUAGGAAUACCAACACCAAUACAUAUGACACAGCCUGGACCAACCACAUGAUGGAGUGAGUGUGCAUAGGAUUGCAGUUGGACAGCACGCCUACUUUUGGGUUAGCCCAGUAAACUUGGUGGAAUUUACAUUAAGGAAACUCACUUAAGAUCCGACUAAAUGUGUUUAUUACUGCAUUGCGCCCGUCUCCUGGCCUGAAUGCAAUGAUUUGAUCAUCUUAAUUGGCAACGUCUUUCAGUGUUUGUUUUCUUCAUAAAAUGGGCAUGGUAUUAAUUAGUAGUAGUUGCUCCCCCCCCCCCCAUUUGAUCAAUGGCAGUACAGUGGUACCUCAGGUUACAUACGCUUCAGGUUACAUACGCUUCAGGUUACAGACUCCGCUAACCCAGAAAUAGUGCUUCAGGUUAAGAACUUUGGUUCAGGAUGAGAACAGAAAUCGUGCUCUGGUGGUGCGGCAGCAGCAGGAGGCCCCAUUAGCUAAAGUGGUGCUUCAGGUUAAGAACAGUUUCAGGUUAAGAACGGACCUCCGGAACAAAUUAAGUACUUAACCAGAGGUACCACUGUAUAAGAACAAUUGUUUAAAUGUUUGUACAUUAGGAUUUCUUCACCACACUGUUCAUAUAAAAUCUAAACCUUCAUAAAACCUUCAUUUUCCAGUUAAUGCACCUGCUAAUGGUGUCAUUAUCUUGGGUUUCUCUAACAAAAGGUAUUCAUGAAAGAGCCACAGCAAUUGGCAGUAAUUUCAUUUAUUUUUUGCAUUAAGUUCUAAGUGGCUGAGCUGGUAGUCCUGCUGCUUUUGUCUGGAUGCAGUAAGACUGAUAGAGAAGGAUGGUGUUGAACCCCAUCGUAUUGAAAAUCCGUGAAGACUAUAAAGAAAGGAGGUCCAACCCCACCAUUGAUAAAGAGGCAUAGGCAUGCAUACAUCCACAAAGUGCAUUCAUUACAUUAAUUGGGAAGGAUAGCUCAGCAGCACAGCUCAAAUCUAGUCUUGGACUUACUGAACUGUGAAUGUUAAGGAAGAGUUUGCAUUGCCCCUGUCAGUCAUCUUGGGGAGUCCUUGGCUAGCUGGUUCUACUUUUCUUGAUGAACUAAAGGCUGCACGCAUUAAGCAUAUUUACAUAGAAGUCUCGUUGAGAUGAAUGAUGCUUCUUCAGAGUAAAUGGAUGUAGAAUUGAUGGUGCAAGUGAACAACCCACUCGGCGUGGUCUUCUUCUACCCAGCACAAGCACUUUACAGUUUUCUCUGGAGCUUUUUAGACUGAAAACAGCACCAUGUGGAUUUUCUGCAGAGACUACAUCUGAGCUGACUGUACACAUGCAGCGUUGAUUCAGCGAUGCUAUAGUGCAGUGCUAGUUCUUGUUUCCAAAUGUGUAAAUAGAUCAUACUGUUUCAGUACCAUUUCCAUCUCAGAUGUGUGUUUUCCAAAUCCUUCUGAUGCAAUGUAAUGUAAUGGCUAGAGUGUUAGACUAGACCAGGGAGACGAGAGUGAAAACUCUCAACUGGCCAUGAAUCUUGCUGGGUGACCUUGGUUCCAUCACAGUCUCUCAUCCUAACCUACCCUCUCAAAGGGUUGUUGGGGUGAUAAAUGGAGGUGUGAGGGGACGGACCCAUGAGCCAUGUAUGCCGUCUUGAGCUCCUUGCAGCAAUGGAAGGAUAUAAACAUGAUAACAAUUCAACAAGUCAUAGAAUUGUAGAGUAGGGAGCAAUCUUGUACAUCUCGUACAACCCCCAGCAAUGCAGGAAACACAGCUAAGGAAUGCCCCAGCAGAUGGCCACCCAACCUCUGCUUAAAAGUCCCCAAUGAAGGAGAGCCCAUAGCCACUUGUGGAAGUCCGUUCCACUGUUGAACAGCUCCUACCACCAGAAAAUUAUUCCUUAUGUAUACCGUAGUCCUUUCUUGUAACUUGAAUCCAUUGAUUCAGGUCCUACCCUCCAGAGCAGGAUAAAACAAGCUUGCUCCAUCUUCCAUGUGACAUCCCUUUAUAUAUUUCUCUCUCUCCCCUUUAAUUGUUUCUUUAUGGAGAGUUAAGUUUUCAUCAACAGUUUCCCGAAAAGAAAAAAAAGGUGGUAGAAGUGGAGAUGUUUUAUUUUAUUUUUGCUGUCCCCCCCCCAAAAAAGAGAUGGGGAAUUAUAGACACUGUGGUAUGUUAAAUGAAGGGGGCACGUUUCACAAGGAAAACUGCAUAAGGUUUGCAGUAAACAACAAAGCCAUCAAUUGUGGUGACCCAGUUGUGGCUCCUGGCACCCUACCCUUAAACUAUGUUUGGAUGUCUUGAAAACAUUCCACGUUGCCACCACAGAUCAUUUGCUCCAGUUGCACAGUAGUCCCAGCAGGUAAUAAGGUGAUUUUGUCAGCCACAAAUAUAUAGUGCAGUGAUGAUGUAGCUGUUCUACUGAUGGAUGAAGAUUCUUAGAACUUAUUCUUAGAACUCUCACCUGGGUAGCAGAGAUGGUUUUAUGUCUCUUCUUUAUGGUCAGCGCAGCUGGAGUUAUGAAGGGCUUAGGCUUCCCCCAAAUAUUCCAGAAGAAGGGCAAUAAACAAACAUGGAAUUACUAUUCAGCAGAUGUUCUUACCUGCAGGACCUUCUUUUUAUCUAGUUCUAAUAGAGGUUCAUGGGAUGUGGGUGACGGUGUGGGUUAAACCACAGAGCCUAGGACUUGCUGAUCAGAAGGUUGGCGGUUCAGAUCCCCGCGACGGGGUGAGCUCCCGUUGCUCGGUCCCUGCUCCUGCCAACUUAGCAGUUCGAAAGCACGUCAGAGUGCAAGUAGAUAAAUAGGUACCGCUCUGGCGGGAAGGUAAACGGCGUUUCUGUGCGCUGCUCUGGUUCGCCAGAAGCGGCAUAGUCAUGACCCAGAAGCUGUACGCCGGCUCCCUCUGCCAAUAAAGCGAGAUGAGCACCGCAACCUCAGAGUCGGUCAUGACUGGGCCUAAUGUUCAGGGGUCCCUUUACCUUUACCUAAUAGAGGUUCAGUGCAGAUCAGCUAUGCGCAAGAUUCAGGCUGAAGACAAUUGCAUCAUAGAUUCUGACCAAACUAAGCCUCCUGAUGUAUAUUUUGCACUAGGAGGCUUAGUUUGGUCAGAAUCAAGUAUGCACUUUCAGAGUUAACGCUGAAUACAGUACUUCUGGUAAGUGAGCCACCACAGCUGCUAGCGGGCUGUGAAAAUUUGUGUCCCAGACCUUUUAGAUGAGGGACACAUUGGUUGCAAAAUGUGAUUUUGAUUUUUUCAGCUCUCCUACCCCAUUACAGGAAAAUGGGAAGAAGGAAUGGACUGGAGUAGCCUAGAAGAUGGUACGACUAGCUGCAACCCUGAAUAGGAGCACUCUAGGCUGCAACAUUUUGUUGCAGGUCCCACUUGAAUCAAAUGGAGAUGCCCUAGCUCUAGAUUUCCUUUAACCAAUAGGGGUUUGGACUAGGUAGGCAAAUAGACCCAUCCAACUCUGACUCCUUUUCCUAGCUAAGAGGAGAGGCCUUGUUGGUCUUUAGAAACAGUGAUGUGACUUAGUCGUCUGUAAAAAUUGUGGUUAUUAUCUUGGAUUGUAUAUGUAACGUGUGCACUAGCAGCAAAGCACGGAGAAAGAUUAGUAUUUAUGGGGUUCCCAUGGUGGUGUAUCAGUUGCCUUGAAUGUGGUAUAAUGAAGAAUAUAAACAUUUUAAAUAAACAAAGUAAAUAGUGUCUUUAAUAGCAUUUCUUGCACUUUCUCCCUUUCUUUCUGUGAGAGUUUGCAAAGAACAACCACUACGCUAUGCUUAUUUUAUUUAAGGUUAACUUCACUGCAGCACGUCUAUAAUGAGUUAUUAAUUAAAUUAUUAUAAUUAAACGGCUAUUUAAUUACCCUGGAAAAUGAGUUAACUUUUCCUGGUCACCAGUUCAAAUGUUUUCCUUAUGGCGAAUAAUUAUGCUGUUGUGAUCCGGAGACUGAAUAAAAGAGCACUUGUGUAGCUGCUGAAAAGCACUCUGUCGUCUUAUUAGAUGUGACUGUUUCUUUUAAACAGGGUUGUGUUGUUCUUUGAAGAUGGAGAGGUUGUUUUAAGUCCCCUGUAAGGCACUGCUUGCAUGGAAGUCAUAAAGAACCCCCUUUUUAAAUGUUUGCGUCUCAUCUUCAGCCGCAGCAAAUAAUGAGUGAGCAAUUUGGGUUUGGUUCAAGACACAUUGCUAAAGUGGUAUAACAUGGUUUCCUGUUGUAGCUAGUAUGGGAGAAUUACUUCAGGCUGUUCUGCAAACAAAACCUUGCCUAGUUGUGUCCUUAGUUCACAAGGCAAGCGAGGAGUUUGCGUCUGUAGCGCUGGUAAUUUAUUCCUAGACCUACAUUGCACAACAUAGUCUUCCUUGUUCACAACGAAACACAUUUUGCACCCCUUUUGAGCAAAGAGAGAUUAAUCCUUGAUGAUGUAAUGAUAGUUAUGGUUGCUUUCUGAAUUCUAUAGUCCUGAGGAACAAUAACAUAAUACAGCAAUACUCAAAAUGACACAGGUUCUCCGAAGCAACCCUGGGGAGAAGGACUGUGCAGAGAGUUAAACCUUAAGGGAUCUGCUUCCAACAAGCAGUGUGAAUUAUUUUUGUCUGGUUCUGAGUUUGCUUGGGGUGAAAUAAGAUGAUGAGCAAUAUAUGCAUAUUAUUGCACAAGCAAUCUGUAAAGAACAAAUUGCACAUCAAAUAAAUAAAAUAAUAAAAAUAUGGUUUUCUUAAAACACCCGUAAGCACAUUAACACAAUUGUUUCCAACCAAAAGCGAAUUAAUUUUGGAUGGCAUUAUUAACAUUGUGUUGGACUUCCUUGUUGAACACAAAUACACAACACUGCAUUCUUUUCUUCCUUCCUGCUCAAAACAAUUCUGUGGUGUCUUGGAAGAUCUGUAAUACUGAAGGUGGCUAUAAAAUGAAAGAUUUAUUAACAUGUGCACAGUAGAAUGGUUAAUAUCUUUUCAUUUAUAUCAGGGAUAGGGAAACUUGUUCUGAGGGCCGCAUAAUGUUUUGGGAGCCGCAUGGCAGUGGUGGGUGGGGCCAGAGGCGAAAGUGGGUGGAGCAACCAAACAAGCGUCAUUAUCAGAGUUCAGGGACGCAUCCCAACCAGGCAGAAACUCUCAAGGUGUGUGAGAAGCAACACUGGUGAGGGGUGUCACCUGGAAAUAGUCCCAAGGGCCAUAUUUCGAGACCCGGAAGGGCAGCAUUUGAACCCUGGAGCAGUGUUCCCCUUGAUUUUCAUGAACCUUCACCAUUGCAUCCCUAUGGCAGAUACUCAACAUUGUGUUGCAAAAUAAACAGUAGUGUUUAAUGAUCUAACUGACUUGUAUUCACGGAUUCUCAUCGGUAUGCUUUCUCCUCACACCGUCUCACAAACAUGUAGGUGCCUAGUUGUCACUGGCACCUUUAAAAAAAACCAAUUGGUCCUGGCACUUGGGUUGCUGAAAAGGGACAGGAAACAUGUUCUUCAUCCUGGGUAUGUUGCAGUCUGUGUGUGGGCUUGGCUACCUCUUCCGGCGAAGCAUGAUACUCAGUCAUGUGAUUCUCUGGAGAGCUUUUUUUAAAAAAGAAAAAGAAAAAGCCACAUGGGUGGCCAUAUUGGAGAGGGGAGGGCGCUCUUUCUAUCAGCUCAAAAUCCUUCCUUUCCCACCCUGCCCACAGCAGGUUAAAGUACACGGUUCCCAGUGAUCAUUAUCUGUAUGUAGCUGAGUCCUUCCUUUCUCAGUUCUUAAUCUCAGCACUGGAGGUAAGGCAUCCAGAUUGGAGGCAAUGAUAUCACAGUACAGUGGUACCUCGGUUUAAGAACAGCUUAGUUCAGGCUUCCUCAUCCUCGGCCCUCCAGAUUUUUUUUGGCCCUCAACUUCCAUGAUCCCUAGCUAGCAGGACCAGUGGUCAGGCAUGAUGGGAAUUUUAGUCUGAAAACAUCUGGAGGGCCGAGGUUGAGGAAGCCUGGCUUAGUUUAUGAACAACUUGGAUUAAGAACUCUGCAAACUGGGAAGUAGGUGUUUUGGUUGGUGAACUUUGCAUUGGAAUAAGAACAUGCUUCGCUUCCUGUUGAGUGUGUUCCAUUUGCAACUUGAGUCCCCCGCUGCUAUGGGAAAGCACUCCUUGGUUUAAGAACGGACUUCUGGAAUGGAUUAAGUUCGCAAACCAAGGUACCACUGUAGUUUGCAGUGCUUGGACUUCUUCGUUAUUCACUGUGUUGAGUGUGUGGGCCAGAGGGGUGGGACGAACGUGGAAACUACUAGCCAUCCCUUCCAACGGUGGAUCCUGCUCUCCACCUUCCUAAGUUCUGCAGAAUCGGAAUCAAUAAUAAUAUUCUAUCUUUACCUGUAAUGACUCUUUUUUAAUUUCGGUAUUCAUCAUGAAAAGAUUGUGUAUCUUUCUCUGUGUUAAUAAGAUUCAAAGGCAUAAUUUCUGAAUGGAUCUGACAUUUAGGGCCAUGAUGUCCCUGCUGCUAUUGGAACCUUUGCUUCUUGAGGCAAACUUUACACAGUACGUUUCUCAUACACAUAUUUUUUGUAAAACACUUAGAGGUUUUUUCUACAAUCAAGCAGUAUAUAAAUUUUAGGAAAUAAAUAGGUUUUGGUCAUCUCCAGGUAUGUGCUCUUCUGAUCAGAUGUAGGUAGAGUUUAUACAAACAUAAAAGCAAGAGCUACUCUACUCCGCUGUUGAACACUGCAUUGACUUUUUCAUUGGGCUCUACACGGUGAAAUUAAGAUUUCCUUCUGGUCAAUCACUAUCAGCUCAGACACCAUCCGUGUAUAUGCAUAGUUAGGUAUUUCAGUCCCAAUGUACCGUAUUUUACAUUUACAUUGAACAGCAUUUGCCAAUUAGUGUCAAUUCUUCUGGAGCUCUUUGCAAACCCUUCCAUUUUUAUUACCCUGAAUAAAUUGCUUUCCUAUACUAACGUUAAUAAGUUACCUUAUUGCUCAUCCUUAACUUUGGAUAAUUUACAUAUCUUUUAGAGAUAGCAGCAGGGAGAAAUUCAGUUUGUUUUGCCCAAAUUCACAUUUCCCACAACAGUACACAAAUUGAAAUGCAUAUUAGGGAAACGUGUACAUAAAGUAUUGGUGAAAAUAAUACACAAAAUGCUUUGUAUCGGGUGAAAUUGCAUUCAAAAUUUUGUAUGCUAGGAGAAAUGCACACAGUUUAAAAAGAAUUGUUUUCUUAAAAAAGCAAAUGUGACACAGAAAUGUGAUGAACUGAAUUUAAGGUUAGAAAAAUGAGGAACUAAGAGAAAACAGAUUAGACAGAUUAUCAAUCCUUUUGGGGAUAUCCCACUGUUUACAUUCUUCCCCUAAAUUGUGAGAGUUAUCCAUUUAUUCCUACUCUCCGCUUCCUGUUCUUUAACCAGUUACAUAGGGCAUGCCACACGACUGCUAAGUUUGCCUAGGAGCAUUUGGUGAGAGACUUUGUCAAAAGUCCAAGAACACAACACUUAACGGAUCAGCUUUAUCCACAUGCUUGUUGUUGUUGUUGAUGAUGAUAAUAAUAAUAAUAUUUUUAUCUAUAUGCAUUUACACACACACACUUUACCCUCCAAUAUGCAUUUCUGUACACAUUAUUUGGCUGGAACACUGCAUUACAAAACCCAGAGAAGUGAGGAUUUUGAAAUAUGGCAGCUCUUCAGAUCGCGUAUUGUUUCCGGAAGUGUGAAUUAGUUAGAUUUGCCUCUAAAUGCAAACUGAAUCUUAAUUUCUCCCCCACCCCAGUGUGCACACAUCACAACUUAUUUCUUUGGCUACAGCAGAACACUUAUUUCCAUCCUAUUUUCAGCUGGGGUGGGGACCCUGAAGGUGCCAGGGAAGGCCUGCGGGUACCAUGUUGGCAACUCCUACUCCAUGGUUCCCAGAGCAUGCUUAUUAGGUUUCUUAUUUGGACGUAAAAGUGGAACGGAGCUGUUUUAAAAACAAAAUGUAGCACUGGGUGUUCAACCAUUUUGGAGAGAAGCACGUUCAUGGGCUUCAGGUCUCUUGCUGUGUUUCCUGGACUAGGAUUUGGAAACAUUUUGUUACCGAGUCCUGAUGACAGAACGAUGGCUGUGACGGAAACAUCUUAAUGUCUGUGACAGCAUUUUUAUCCUGCGUGCUCUUUAAACACUUCUGCGUUGUGAAUUCGUGGAGAGAGAAUGGAAUCACCACCCCGAGGCAGAAAGUUUGAAGUAACAUUGCUGCUGCUUUUAUUAGCUCAAUGAAAAUUUCAUAUGUAUCCCCCUGCACUCAAAUACUGUACACAGCUUCCAGUCUUUGAUGGCUUUGUUUAUAAUUUCUCCGGCGUAGACUCUUUGAUUAUUUCUUAGCUGUGAGGCUUGGCAUUUCAACUGUAAUGUGCCGCUUUAGAGAAAGGAAUCGCGCGAAACUUGCUGGAGACUGAAUGUCUGUGGAGCCCUUAUUUGGCUGAGCAUAUUACGUUUGCUGAGCUUGGCAUUAGCUUUAUGUUUACACUCUGGCUUUCAUUUCAGGCAGCCUGUGAAUCCACAAUCCAGUGAAGCUGAGGGAUGGGGAUUUGAACUGAUUGACAAUCUGGUCCUGCUCAUGUUUCCUUUUGGUGCCCAAGCCCAAAAGUAGUGGGCCCUUCUCUGUUGUGGCACCUUGGUGGUGGAACUCUCAUUGCUCCCUAGAUGGGAUUCAUGUCAGGAGUUUUGCCCAUUAUGGCAUAAGUGUCACGGAAUCACAAAAUAUUAUUAUAUUUCCCAAUUCUGAAAAUGUGGCCAACCCGGUCCAGCAUUCCUUAAGGCACAUUAACACUCUUCUGUGAAAGGGGGUACAGUUUAGGGGUAGCCAAUUUAGCAGCCUCCAUCAGCCCCAGUCAACAUACCAGUGGUCAUGGAUGAUGGAAGCUGUAGUCUUAACAAUAUUUGGUCACAGGUCCUCUCUACCCUUCUGUUACGUUCUUACCUGGAUUACAGUGCAAACAUCUUGUUCCUUGUCACAAAAUAUUCCACAACACAAAUCCUUCCCUCAGUGGUAGUCCAGGUCUAGAAAAAGUGUCCUUGUCUACUGAGUCCUUGUCCAGGACAACUUGACAAUCUUCAAAUUGAGGAAAGUGUAGGUGAAGCACGAAUUUCAUCUGGCUUUUGAAAACUUGGUUACGUUUUUUUUGUUGUCCGCUGGUUUUGUGUGUUGGUUUCUUUAGAGACUUUGAUUGGGUCAGUAGGCCCAAAUGUCUUUAUCUAAUCCAUGGUAGUGAGUUAUACAGUGGUGCCUCCAGUUGGUGACGGGAUCCAUUCCAGAGCUCUGGUUGGAUCCCGAGGUUUCCGCAACCGGAGGGACUGCUUCUGUGCAUGCGCGCAGUGCGGUAGAGCGCUUCUGCGCAUGUGCGUGUGGUGAAACACUUCCAGGUUUGCCGUUUUCGCAACCCGAAGUUUACAUUACCCGAGGGUAACAUAAGCCGAGGUGCUACUGUAUUCAGAUUUGUUUUGUCCCAAGGGAGGCUUGGAACGGUAGGGAUGAAUUGUAGUCGCUUGCUUGCUUCUAGUUAGCAAUACCUUUUAAAGAGCUAAACUAUACUUGGACUAUUUAAGUCAUACAUCUAAAUUGAAAGGCAACAUUCUCAAGCAAAUGCUUGUUUUGUGAGAGUUUAGGCCACAAUGCAAAAGUGAGUGCUUAAGGAUAUUGAAACCUAUUACAGCAUAAGGCCUUCUCUUUUGGAUUUGGGCUGCUUUGCACAAUGCAUUUUUGCUCAACAAGUGCACUUUUUAUAGGUGGGAAAUAGUGUUGCGGAGCAGAAAAUUCAGCACAAUUGAAACUCUGGUGCUUUUUCCGCAGCAGGAGCAGCAAAACCAUAUGCUGGAGUAGCAUUUGCCUGUGUUGUAAGCUUGUGAAGUAGGGGGACAAAUUUGGUUUGGUGCAUGAUUGCUUGGGUAGGGUAGACUCAGACAGUGACAGGCCCAUGAUCACCCAGUGAAUUGCAUGGCUGUUGACAGAUGUGAAUCCAGGCCUCCAAAAGGCUCACGAUUCUGUGACUGCUGAAGUGGUUGGGGGCACUGCUUUACCUGGCCUCCCAUCACUGCAGAGGUGAGAUCAGCAUGAUACAAAAGCAACAGUAGAGUAGCCUGGCGUUCCUGCUGGUGUGUUUGCACCACGCAAACUUCUCUGCUGCUUUGCCCUCUGGGUAUGCUACGGUGGUGGCAGGGGGUCACUUAAGUAGCCCUACCAACUGUGCAAUUGUCAGGAUGUCCUAAUAUAAUGCUGCUUUUUCAAUAUUGUAGACUGUGCUAUGUACUAUAGGUGGUGUUGCAUGGAGAUUAUUUCACCUGUUCAAGCAUUUCUGCUUGACUGAUGGAAUGAUUUUGCUUUCGUUGUAGAACAAUGCAUCCCUUAUAAGAGGGGAAGGAAUGAAAAUAGUGGGCAUAUGCAAAAUGGGAUGUUCUUAUUUGGCUUAUUGUAAUAGAUUUGAGAACAUGGACCGUGUAUGACUGGUGCAAUUAUUGUGAAACUUAAGUUAUAGGGUUUUUUCCACUGUAUCAUUAAAAUAUCAAUUUUAAAGUGCUUGCUUUGCCAGAAUCUUCUUUGAGGGAAAAAUAAUAAUCAGAAAAGUCAUGAACAAAUACCACAAUGAUCUGAUGCAGGGGUGGGCUAAAAUUAGAUCAGGGUGUGCUGGUACCGGUAAAUCUCUGGGUUAUUUGCAGUAGGUUAGCAAGGGUUUCUGAGCCCAAAACAUUUUAAUAAACCAGCAUACAUGGCUUUUCCACCUAAACCAAGCUGCUAAAAUGAAGAAAGGUAACCAGCAGUGAACUUUGAUGCGAAGGAACAGUGAGUUCAGUUCAGUUCUGUACUGCAAAGAAAUUCCUGGACUCAGAAUGUGUUCAGAGACACCCUGUUCAAUUCUAAUUGGUUGUCGUUUGCACCUGACUCUGGUUGAUAGAUCAAAGAAGCCCUGACAAGCCCAAAGACUGCUCAUGCCUAAUCUAAAGAAUACAAAGCUGGACUCAUUUAAAAGCAUAUUCUAUACCUUUCCUGGGCAAGCCUUCAUGGAAUGGAUGGAAGUUUGCAAAAACAAUGCAGAACUCCCAUUCAUUUUUCUGGGCCUUGCUUAUGAGGUGUGCCUGGAGGCAGUGUUAGAAGCUCAGAUAUCUAAGCUAGGGGCCAAAUGGCUCCUUAAACCAAGGUUUCAGUCACCAAAAUGGCACUCCCCCUAUUGGUGACCCCAGGGGAGUUCCUAGUUGAUGUGCAUCAGCAGGACUCCCUCUACUGGUGGUUAACCGUUCCCGGACUUCAAGCGGACGGGCUGAAGUCGGAUAUAGUCGGUUAGGACCAAUGCCUACGCCAAUACCGCUCAUCACCUGAAACCAAUAAAGUUGUGGCCUUUUUUAACCCAUUAACCUUAAUAAUUGUGUCAUGCGUCAUUAUUUCCACCUUGGGGGAGGAGGGGGACUUGCCACACAACUUGAAGAAAAGUGACUAGAUCCAGGGACAGUCCAUAUAUCUAUUGGACCUAUUCCUACCUCUUUUUCUUAAUGGUGGCAUGGACCAUUCAUAAAAUUAAGAAUAUUAUUCAGGGCAGUGGGGUGCGGUAAGUGUAGACAAGCUACAACAGUUAACUAUAGCGUUGUUUGCUGCUCCUGCUCAGUCUGCACAGAAAAAGCAUUUUGGUUCUUGAAUUUCAUUCUGAUUAUGCAGAUAAAAUAUAACUGAUAGAAUUCUACAGGAUGGGGUAUUAGUGUGUGAAAACAGUCCAGAUCCCCAGACAUCACCUCUAGAUGGUGGAGAUGUCAGGUGCUAUCCUGGCCCCCAAGCAUCUUCACUUGGUAGCAAGUGGCCGAUAGCCAGGUGAAAAAUGCGCCUGGCUCCUGGCUAAUUUCAAACAUUGCCUGAAGGGUUAUGCCCAAUUAGUACGAAAACAUUUUUCUGUUUGUAUUUUUUGAAAGAAAGAAAGAAAGAAAGAAAGAAAGAAAGAAAGAAAGAAAGAAUUAGCACUUAAAUGAAAGAAUGCUUACCAUCAGGUGUGUUCACAUGGCAGUUUAUUCAGUUUUUAUGGCUUUCCCCUAACAAUUCAUGUUGUGCAAGUCUAGUGCUCAUUUCUGUGUUUGCUUCCUUGCUUCGCAUUUGUAAGAAAUCAAUAUUUUAUUGUGGUGGCACUUAACACUGUGGAACUCCCUGCUUGUUUACAUAAGGAAGCUGUGUUUGCUGUACUCGUGUGUGUGUGUGUGUGUGUGUGUGUGUGUGUGUGUGUCUGCUUACAACAUUUUUGCUUAGGGAAGCCCAUCCAGACAUGUAGAAUGAUGACAAGUGUUUUAACCUGGUUUUUAGCUUAUAGUUGAUUUUAAUUAUUAUUUUUGAAAUGAUUUCAGCAGGGUUUUUUUUUAAAAAAAACUUUUUAAAAAACUGAUAUUGUUUUUCUUGUAAAUCGCUUCAAGGUUUCGUUACAAUCAAGUUGUGUAUAAAUCUUGCAAAAUAAAUAAAUAGGGUGGAAGCAACAUCAAACUUCCAGCCUCUUACUUUGAGGGAUGGAGAGGUUCUGCGUACCAUUUAAGAAGCAAGCCACAACCUCUUGUUCUGGUGAUAAUUAGUACUAUAUGAAUUUACCUCUUAAUGCUGUUGCUUCUAAUCCAAUGAAAGGCAUUUGAUCUGCAUUCUGGGCACAGCCUUCCAAUGGAGCCAUUCAGGGAAGUCCUGACCUACUUUCUCUGAGGAAAGUGGGCAAGUCGGCCUUGCCCUUCUAAUUUGUCGGGAAAGGUUUUGAGGUAAAUUCUUCCCGGCUUAAACGCUCACGCACAGAAAAACUUUGCUGUAGAGCAUCAUUCACAGGCGGCAGCCCCUUGCUAGGCUAAGCGUUAAAUAUAGCAUGAAGCUUAACAGAACUUACCUGCAAUUAAGUAGUGGCAGUCUCUCAUUUGGCGCUCCGCAGUUGUCAAUUAGCCUUUAUUACGAGAGAUUUGUUUGCUAGAGGCUUUUGUGAAUGGAGGCUGUGCCCUAACUGUGGUUCUUGCUCACAACCUGAUUUUUUUUUUAAGGAUGUAAAUUUGUGUGUGCCAUUGCAGGGAUGCUUAUUUUAAAGUUGCACUCUUUCUUUCUUUUUCUUUUUCAAAAAAAGAGCCCCCCCCCAUCCCUGCAAGACAGUGACUAGAUUCUAAAUUCCUCUCCCCUGUAUUAGUAAAGUGGAUGUCCCUCAUUCAGAUCAUAGAAUCAUAGAGUUGUAAGGGAACUGCUGCCUGCAAUGCAAGAAUCUCAGCUAAAGCAUCCAUGACAGAUGGCCAACUUCUGCCAUCCAACCAGAUGUGCUGGUCUAAGUAGGCAGAAGAAGAGAGAGGGAAUGAGUCCCAUGUGGUGGUUGGAUCUAGGGGCAGUGGUGCCUGGUUCAUCAAGGUAAAUGGGGUACUGCUUCACCACCAACCCCAUUCUGCCUCCAGCCAGUCCCCACCCAUCUACCUUCUUCCUUACAUCCAGGCCAGGGACUGUCACUGGCUAUUAGCUUUCUUCUGCUAAUAGUCUCAGUGCUGCCCCAUGUAGAACUUAGCGGGGAGGAGGGAGAAGUAGAGUUGGUUGACUCCACUUGUUGUGGCUCCCCCUAUCAGUGUCUCUGGCUCCACCUCCUUUUGGCAUCCCUGUCUUCCACCCCACUAGUCUCAGUGGACGCUGGUCAUUAUUGCCUGGGGGCACUGUAAAUUUUGGAAAGGAAAAAGCCCUGCAUUGCUUAAAAAAAACCAAGAAUAGAAGACAUUGUGGAAUUGUAGACUUUGGAGGAUGAACUGCAGCAGUUGAGGGCUGAAUACCUCACAGAUAAGGAUGGGUACACACACUAAGUGGAACGGGAGUGAAGUGAGCUACAUGUCUCACCACGUGUCAGAGAAGGAUAAGCUUGUAUUGCUCCUCAGACAAACCCUGCCUCUUUUUGUCUUGUCCUUCAGUCCUGUCUUGUCCUUCGGUUUUGACUUCUGGCUUGUUCCAUGGCUUCUGAUUCCCAGCUCCUGGUUCAGUUCAACCUGCUGCCCAUGGCCAAGCUCUGGAAGGCAGUGACUCUUCAAGUCAAGGGUGGGGAGCUUGUGGCCCUCGAGAUCUUAUUGGACUCUCAACUCACAUCAGCUCCAGUUAGCAUGGGCAGUGGUGAUUGGGAUGAUGAGUAUUAUAGUUGAACAAUAUCUGAAGGGCCACAGAUUCUGUAUCCCUGCCACCUGAGAUGCCAUGGAUUGGACCUGGGACCUCAUCUCUCUUAUACAGCCUGCUACAGUGUAUGUUUAUGCCCUCUGAGCACUGAGAUGUGUCACCUACAUAUGGUUUAGAUAUGCACCUUUCAUUUUCAAGUUUGGAUAAGCUGCAUAUUGGCUAGCAUGGGAUUGAAGUGGAAAACAUAUGCUUCUACUUGUUUAAAUAUUGGUAUGGAUUUUGGGCAACUUGAGUCUGCUGAUGAGUAAUAGCAAUAAAGAGUACUUAAAAUAACAAGAUUAAAGUCAUCAUCUGGAAGCCGUAUGCAACAGAUGACCCCAAACCUUUUGAACUCAACUGGUAAUCAUCAUCAUCAUCAUCACCACCACAUUGUUAUUCACAUUCUUGAGUGUGACUCAGCCAUGCAUUUCUCUGUGUUACUGAUUGGACAUAUUCAUAUUGUAUUUAUGUGAAUUUGUAUUGUCCACUACUCAGAUAUUUUUAGGUUUGAGUUGUACAUAAGUUUCUAAGUAAAUUAAUAGAUAUGGCGGACUCAAGCUGUAAUGGGAUUUAUAAGUUAAAACAAGCAUUUUGAUUUGUGAUGCUUAGUCAUGCAGAAUAGAUUGCUGCUUCCAUGUCUCCAACUGAAAAGCAAAUUGCAUCAUUCUAGACCAGGUGGAAAUUCCAAAAGUCUUCAAAAGCAGUUCUACAUUGAGGAUAGGUGGGCAGUGCACUCAAAGUUACAAAGGCACCCGUUGAUUUCAGCUGUUUUGUUAGUUAACCUCUCUCCUUAAGACAAAAGGACUUGCCAAGUGGUCAAAUUUCCUGCAUCUUUCCCAUGUUUUUAUUAAGAAACAACAAAGACCCUAACCUACCCAAGCAUUCUAUUAAAAAAUGCUGGUGUAUAAGCUGGGUAUAAAAGUAAGGUGGCAAUAUUGAGAAAUCAAAAGUUGUGCAUUCAUCCUGAGGGCCAGAUUAGAAGGAAGCUCUGUUGGGACCAAACUACAUGUUGCACAUGACUGAAAUGUGGGUUCCUAUUUGCUUGCUGCAGUGGCACUGGGAUUCCAGUUAGGAAAGUGGCAUGGCAGAGAAGAAGUUCAUUAUGAACGAAGUACUUUCAUUCACCAAGGCAAUGAAAAUAAAUGUCGGUUCCACCUACUUGCUUUAUCCUCUUGUCAGAUGUUUGACUUUUUAAUAUCUCAGUCAAGGUACAUUGGGUUGUCCUAAUAGCACUGUGGUAUCUGCCAUUCAACACUGAAAGGUAUAAAAGAAUGCUGUGUGUGAGUGUGUGGCGCACGCUAUGUGCAGUAGAACAAACCACCCAAAUCCUGGCUUCUGCUGAGUCAGUUGCACACCAGUCACAGGCACGUAAUGUGUCUGGAACAUACGGUCCAACCAACUCGGGCCUCCUGCCAAGCUGUCUCGCUAGGCAAGGGAGAAGAGAGUCUCCGUGGCACAACUCUUGACGGAUUAUCUCCAGAUCAGCAGCUGCUGUCUGAGAGCUUGCUUAUGCACACCCUGCAUCAUGAACAACUUAUUAACCCUCUGGACCCACUGAAGGCAUUGACACUUACCUAUAAAUAGUCUUCCUUGCUUUUUUCCCUUGCCUUUCAGUAGACGAAUUAGAGCAAAUAAAAAGGUUGCAAUUCAAGGAUUUCUCCAAGGCAGGAUUGACCUACAUAUUCAGUGCUCCUGAUUUUCUUUUCCUUAAAGAAGUUUAUAUGUUUGCAAGGUCCACAAGUAAGUUUGAAUAAACAUGUCAACUUACUGUGAGUCAGACUUCACUUUAUAGGCAUGAGCUACAGAGAGUUGUGCAAAACUGUCAGUUGAGUGAAAGAGAACUGAACAUAUAUUCCGUUGAAUCAGGAACCGCAAAGGAAAAUUGGAUGCACACCUGAGUGUUAAUGCCAUCUAUCUGCACUGAGUUGCUAUUCAGUAGGCUGUACAGUCAAAUCUGUUGCUCAGUCUAUGUUCUGGUGCAACUAGAAAUAGUGCCUUUUUAAAAAGUAUGACUGCAUCCAAGUCAGGGUGUUUUGAGUUCUAACACCAAAGUCCUUGUUGAGUUUGCUGAUUUUGUUGCUAUAAUUUUAAUCUGUCAUGGUUGUUAUUUUGCGGUCUAUAUAUUGUUGAUAUUGCUGUUCAUUUCAAUAUAGUUGAUAUAAGGCAGUCUUGUGUAAUAGUUCCUUAUUCAGAAGGUAUGAUGUAAAUUUCAUAUCUCAUUCUUUUAAUGCUGCAAAAAAUCGAGUGCCUAGGAUGCUGGCUGAGGCUGCUGGGAGUUGAAGUUCAGCAACGUAUGCAGUGCCAGAGAUUUUCCAUCCCUAGCUUAAGAUCAAAGUUCAGUUUUGGGUGUUUUCCCUCUCCUCCAGCAACCCUGUCCCACAUUAUUCAGUAGCGCUGCUGACCCUUCCAGAGAAGCUUUUCAGCAGAUGCAUUUGGCUUCAUGAGCAAGGACAGAACAGGAAACACUCCUUCCGUGAACCUCUUCCAGUUAACUUGUCUUGGGAUCCAAACCAAAGUGUACUGUAUCUCUAGUUUUGGUCCAGCAUUGCUGGCCGCCUUCUUAGUACUUUUGUUUGGAUUUCUUUUCAAGGCUGUCCAGAGGACUUGGGAUGGGUUUACACAGGGGAUGCUAUCAACUGUACAGACAUCUGUGUUACAUAGGUUAAAUGUCAUAGCUUCCCAGAAGAGCCCUGAGAACGGGAGUUCGGAAUUUUCUAGCAGUGAUCCAGAACACUCCCGUGAGAGCUACAGUUUUUCCUGUUUCCUAAACUAAGGAAUGGGAGUCAAGCCAGUUUAAGGCUGGCUCAUAUUACGUGGUGUGCCCUUCUGUUUCACAACAACUCUCUUAGGAUGAGUGAUAGCAAAACAUCCUAGGACUAGGCUAUGAAAUUUGUUGCUGGAAAGCCACUUCAGAUAGUACCUUUUUCUUAAUGAAAUGUAUUUUCACUUGAAAUAUAGGACAGAGAUGGGUAAUCUGUGGCCUUCUAGAAAUUUUGGGCCCAUCCAACAAUGAUGUGAGUUUGAAUCCAAUAACGUCUGGAAGGCUCCAUUCCCGAUACAGCACAAAACUAUUUGCUUUAUUGUAAAUUGCCCAGAAACAUAGCAUCUUCCUUUUCUUACGCUCACUGCGUCUUGGGAAGGCUGUGUCUCCAUUUUGCCUGUGUUGUUUAAAAAUGCAUUGUAUCUGCUGAGACAAUCUUUUCUAUAUUGCUUCAUUUUCUUAAAAAACAUAGUCUGGUCCCGUUCUCCCCCAGUUUGCACAACUAGACCCUAGUCAAAGAUCCAUCAUGGUUGGGAAAACAACAUUGUCGUGAAUCAACUUGCAUUCGUAGUUAUGUGAAUAGUGUGAAAUAGUCGUUUUUUGAGGAAACUGUGCAACUUUGUUCAUCAAGGGCAGGAGGAAAAGCCAUCAGUGCUAAUUAAUAAACAGAAGAAAAACAGCCAAGUUUUCCAACACAGGAGUCAAAUUAACACAUAGCAGGUCCAAGUACAAAGUGAAGAUCAGCCGGGUCCUGGCUCUUACCAAAAGGGCAACAGCUGCCCCCACCCCAGCAGAGAAUGCCCUAACGCAGCCUUUCUCAACCUGUGGGUCCCCAGAUGUUGUUGAACUACAACUCCCAUCACCCCUAGCUAGCAAGGCCAGAGCUCAGGGAUGAUGGGAGUUGUAGUCCAACAACAUCUGGGGACCCACAGGUUGAGAACCGCUGCCCUAACGGAAUGGCCUGUCACUACCCUGUAAUGACAGAAGUGAAGGAAAGAGCAAUCUCUGUCUCAGAGGAGCAAAGGCUUCAGCUAGGAUGACUCAGUUGGUAGAGCAUGGGGCUUUUAACCUCAGAGCCGUGAGUUUGAGCCCUACGUUGGGCAAAAAGAUUCCUGCAUUGCAGGCGGGUGGACUAGAUGACCCUUGGGGGUACCUUACAAUUCUGUGGUUCUAUAGAAGUUGCUCUACUCCCACCCAGCGAUAAAAUUUGAAACUGCUUACUGAGUCUCUGCUGUAGUGCCCAGCCUAUUUAGAGGAUACCUAUGGAAUAUAUUAAGUUUUUUAAAAAAACACAAAAAACUGCCCUUAUCUUUUAACGGUAAAAUUAUAACUAUCUGUACAGUGGUACCUCUAGAUACGAACGGGAUCCGUUCUGGAGCCCCGUUCACAUCUAGAAGCAAACGUAACUAGUGAUGGCAUGUCUGCGCACGCGUGUGUCGCUUUUUGCCACUUAUGCGCAUGACAUCAUUUUGAGCAUCUGAGAAUGUGCAAGCGGCGAAACCCGGAAGUAACGUGCUCCAUUACUUCCGGGUUGCCGCAGAGCGCAGCUCGAACGUGCUCAACUCGAGGUAUGACUGUAUAAACCGCUGAGUAUCCCAAAGGGAGUCCUAUUAUAUAACAUACCUUUAGAAUAUUAUUUAUUAAAUCUUUUUAUAUUGCCUUUGCAAGUACAGUAGAGCAUAUAUUUAGGGAAAGUGAAAGAACCGAACUGGAACUUGCUGAAAAAACUGAACUGGAACUUUCCAUUUCAAAGGAUGUCGCUUUUCGAACUGAAGAUGGAAAGACACAAACAGGUCAACACGUUGCACCUUUUGUCCGGAUGCACUGCUGCUCCCGUUCCAUAUAGGACCCUCGUUCUGUUUAUUUAUGGAGUGUUCGGAUUGCCAGGGCACCCAACCUGAAGACUGUGAAAGCGGUGCAAGGCCUGCAAAGUGGUUCUCGCGAGCCCUUGUGGUUGGCAGGGAGAGGCGGGAGGCGUGCGUAAUCCUUGUUAAUGCUGUUACCGUACAGUAGGUCACUGCUUUAGGGAGCUUUGCUCAGCUUGCUUACUUGGGAGUCUUGGCUUCUCUUGGGAGAUGUUAACCUCCUCCUUAGAGAAAAGGAAGAAAGAUCAAAGCGGAGAACAGUCGAAAUUGAUUUUUUUAAAUAAAAAACUUCUUUUGAGGGGGGAAACGUGCUCGGGAAGUCGCAGUGGUAAAAGCAUUGUGCAUGUUGGCAGAUCAGAAGGUGCUUUUCAUAAUACAUCAACUAAAGAGGAGCAGGCGUCCUUAGAGAGCUGUGUUGCAUUCUUGGUCAAACAUUUAACAUAACAUGUAUAAAUAUUUUUCUCCCCAGAUAGACAGCAGAGCGUUGGUUUCUCAUUUCCCUCCCCCCCCCCCCCCCGGUCAAUGCCUGCUUUCAAGUAGGAUGCGUGUUACUCCCUUUCCCAUGUACAUACACACACACACAGAGAGAGAGAGAGAGAGAGAGAGAGCGCUUUAGGGGAUGAUCAUUCAAAGAAGCUAUGUGGUAGCAAAAUCUGAAGCAUGUUAUUGUUAUGCUUAUUAUGCUUAUAAUAUGUGAAGUUUGGAAGACAGCACUCUUGCAUGGUACUUGCACACCAUACAUUUAAAGCACAUUUAAAUGCACCUCCCACCAAAUCCUGGGCACUGUAGGUUGUAGGGACUUGUGAAGGGUAAACCACAGGUCCCAGGAUUCUUUGAGGGAGAAAAAUGUGAUUUAAAUGCAUGAUAUGUGUCAGGGAACUUCCAUCAACUCAAAGGCGGGAGGUGGAAGGGCAGUUGGGUUACAGGGAGCCGCCAAAGAUAUUGAGAAGCAGUUCGUCCUCCGGGGAGGAGCGAAGCCACGCCUCCAGUGGGGAAGGGAUGCAGGGCUCGGAGGAUGCAGGGGAGAGCCGCAGCGCCAAACCUGAGCAAAGCGGGGGGGGGGAGGCAGGUCCCCCUUUGCCCACUCCCUCUCUGCGCAGUAGGCUCACGCGCAGAGAGGGGAGGCGUAGGAUGGGGGUCAAAAAACUGCUCUGCUGGGGAAAGUUUAAGGACCGCCCCCUCCCAGAUUCUGCUAGCGACUGAGCAGACAUGGAAUUGAGUCUGUCUGCAUUGUGAACGUUUUGGACAAAUAAUAAAGCCUCGAAAAGACCAACGGGGAGUCUUGCCUGUUUGCUCUCGAGCAACCACGCCGGCAGUCAUAACAAUAUGUAAGCAGCCUAUGUCAAAGUGAACAAGGUUUUUGUGGGGUGGCUAGGGAAGGCUAGCAGUCAUGGGAUGACUUGUAGCUGCAUGGUCCUCUAGCCCAGUAGGGAAUGCUACUUCAGCAUCCCUGAUAGUUGGCCUAUCAGGCUCUGCUAUCAAAGGGGCAUCCACGACUGGGCAAGGCAGUCUGUUCCACUUUCAAAGUCAGCUUCUACUCCCAAGAGGUUGUUGCUAAUGUUUCUGGAAAUUUGAACAAGCAGUUUUGGGGCUUACCCCCUGGAACCACAGGGAAAAAAUUUGCUCCAUCGGUGGCCACCAUUACUUGACCGGCUGGACUGUUUGUGAGGAGCCAGAAUACCAUGGUUAUCGAAUCAACCAUUGAAUCCUUGGAAGUGGCUGAGUAUACUGCUUUAAAUGUCUACUGCAGAUGGUUCCUAGGUCUGGGUUCUCCAAUGUGUAUACAUGGCUAUAUAUAAGCCAGUGUGUGUUUUUCUGUGAGAGGUGCUGAUGUUUUCUGCAGUGAGCACUGAGUGCCUUGAGCUGCCUUUAAAUUGCAGGCCUGUCGAUCCAACAUAGAUUUUAUGAAGGAAAGCAGUAUAUGGACUUCCUACUUUUUACAGCUUCUGUGUUGAGUCUAAAUAUGUGCUAGUAGAUUUCAUCUAAUUGUUUACAUUUCCUUGGUUUUUAAUUUGUUUUGAAGAACAUUACAUUAGUUUUAUAGUGAAAUAACACCAAUCAGUUCCAGAAAAACUUGUAGAGUGUUACAUGCUUACAUCAAUCACAUCUGAGGGGGAAAAAAUUGAGCGGGGACACUGUCAAUUAACCGAAUCAUUGAAUAGACACAACCAAGGCUUCAGCUGUGACAUAACCUCUCCAUAACUGAGCAUGAGCAGUGGGAAUAUUACAUUAUAAAGUCAUUUAUAUUUGCAUAGUUGAUAUAUGGCAGUCAUGUCCAACAGGUAGAUCGUGAUCUACCUGUAGAUCAGUGGACAUUCUGUGGUAGAUCACUGGUAGAUCAGUGGCUCCCCCCAAAGAAGCUCAACAACUUUGACCUGAACCCCCCAAAACAGGGAUUUCCCUCCUAAAAAAAGUUCAGUAACUUUGACCUGAACCCCUAAAAAAUGGGCCUUCCUCCUCCCUUAAAAAGGGCUCAACAACUUUGACCUGAACCCCCCACUGGGGGGCAGAUCACCGCCAGUUUUUAACUCUGUUAGUAGAUCACAGUCUCUUUGGAGUUGGCAACCCCUGAUAUAUGGGAACUAUAUCUUAUCAAAAUGAUCAUGCUUAGUUUAGCAUCUUAACAACGUCCAUGUUACAUUAGAUGUUUGGAAAGAGCCAGAUGCCAAACUUUCCCUUGCCAAUCCCUGAAUGUGCAGUGGUAAAACAGCAUUGCAGUUACAUCCUUACAUAUAAGGGGAGGGUCUAGAAUAGUGUGUGGUGACAGAAGGGCCAGAGCUGGGUUAUUACUGGAAACAACAUAAAAAAUGCUUUGCUCCAAACCCAAGGUUUUAAACAGGAAAGAGUGCAUCUAUGUGCCCUUUUCUGUGUAAAUGUACAAUACACACUAUUUGUGUUAUUUAACCUGAGGUUGGAGUAUUCUUUGUUGUUUUUGACAUGCCCGUAGCCAACAAGUGCUCCGUCGGUCAAGGACAAGUCUUUCAGUAUGUGAAUUCAGUGGCUUUUCAGUGGAGAUUGAAAAGGUUCAUUCCCUGAGACAAUAAAAUAGUUUUUCUUAGACUGGGUUCUUGUGUUACCUUGGUGGUAUGAGAACCACAGCCGCACUGAUCUUACCUUCGCUAACAAUGUAAUGCAAGUCAUUAUGGGCAAUACUGACAAGGUAACAUAAUAAUGCAGUGUCUUAGUCUUCUUAUGUAAGCCUUCUUUUAUUUCUGCAUUAAAUGCUAGGAUGGCUUAGUAGUAUUUUACCUUUAAAAAAAAAGUUUCAGGUUUGGUUUAGGUGGUUGUUGAAAGAAAGAAAAGACCAAAGAGCAGGGGAAAAACGGUGAACUAGCAUACUCUGAUAGCAAAGCAUUCUGCAAAUAAUAAACCAUGCAUUUAAAUCACACAACUUACCCCCAAAUAAUCUUGCAAGCUGUAUUUUAAUGGCAUUGUACCUCUGUGAGGUUUAAACUAUAGUUCCCAGGAUUAUUUGAGGAAGACCAUGGGCUUUAAAUGUAGGGAGUGCAUGCAGCCCAAACUGGGUCAGAAACACCGUUAAUACUGCAAAUCUCAGUUGCAGAGUGAUUUUUAAAAAUGGAAUAGGAUUCCAGAUGUGGUGAUCAACUUCUUCUGUAUAUUUAUGUACCUUCAUCUCAAAAGAGCAUUUGAGCCUGGUGGGAAUAUGUUCCUGAUCUCAUUAGCCAUGUUUAGACACUUAAGAGCAAACAAUACAUUUAGUCUACAGGUGGAGACUCUUAGGGUCACCAGCUUAAAAAGUCAUGUCAGGGACCCCAGUUUAGUCCACGAGGCCAUUUCUCUCAAGCCCCACACCUGAGAUCAUAUGAUGUCGGAUGUCAGACAGCUAUAUUCCUGGCUGCAAAGGGACAGUCAGGGGUGUGACAGUGUGCUUCUGAUUGUUCCUCAUCAACUACGGCUUGUAUUCAGCACCUUUUCAGUUUGGGCACUAAAUACAAGCCUUGUUGGGAUGGGUUCGCCCGAUAGCAGUUGAGUUCAGCCAGCUUGCUUUUGGCACUCAAUUCUGGAUCGGGUCAGCAGACCUUUGCACCUUUUAAUGUGCUCCUUCCCUUUUCCACUUCCAUGAUUUGCUCCAAUCACAACACGGGUUUUCUUUGUAACGGAUUUAAAUUGAGUUUCCAGACUCUGGUGACAAGGGUAACCUAGGUUCUUGACAUCGACCAUAGUUGUUUAUAGCCGCCCCUGUUACUUCUAUCCCACUGUUCUUCCAACCUAGAUUCUUGACAUCGACCAUAGUUGUGUAUAGCAGCUGCUGUUACUUCUAUCCCACCAGCAUGCCCUCCCCUUUCAUUUUGCCCCCCUCCCAAACAACCCUGUUAUGUAGUUUAGACUAUGAGAUAGUGACAGGCCCAAGAUCACCCAGUCAGUUCCAUGGCUGGGUAGGCAUUUGGAUCUCCCUAACCCUAGUGGAGUGCUCUAACUGCUACACCAUGCUGACUUAGUUUUAGCAAUGCAGGAUGCAAGGCAGCACUGUGGUAAAAGGAAACAAUGGAAAGUGAGUGAAAGGGGUCUCAAAGGAGAGGGGAGAAAGGUAUGGUGGAAGGAUCAUCAACCAGUGCUAGGACAUGGUGCACUGACUCAGUUGUUACUUGAGUUUGACUUAGACUAAUCACUUUCCCUGUCAUUAUCUGUAAUAAGUGGUGUGUUGUCCCCCCGCCCCCAAUUUUUUUAUUGGUUUUCCACAUUUAUGACAAAAAAUACAUUACCAAACACACAACAAAGAAAAACACUUUACAAUACAAUAAACUAAACAGAAAAAAAAUAUUUCUUCAGAUAUCUUACUCUCAUAGCAUUAAUAACUGACUUCCUCGCAUCCCCUCUAACUGAAUUUCAUUAUAUCACCUGUAUGACAGUUCUCCAAAUUUAUAUUUCUAAUAAAAUUGACUCCUAACAUUUACUAAGUCCUUCUCCUUUAUUAAUAUGUAAUAAGUGGUGUGUUGGGUUAAAAAUACAUUUUGAGAUUUCUUUGAAUUCUGCCGUUCAGAUGAUAGAAUGGAAUAGCUUGCAAGACGAGAGGGGACUGCUUUCAAUAAGCAGUUACUUUUGCACUCUUUCUCCCCGUUCACAAUUUUUUUGUGGGGUGUGUGUGUGGAAUGUGCAGUCACAUAGCAAAGAAAAACAUAACCUGGAGGUAUGCUCCCUCCUACCCCUUCUCUGAAUAUAGGACUCUGUUUCGAACAUGAGAGGAGACAUUUUAAUAGUUCUGUUGGGUUGCUAUGUGUGGAAUGUAAUAGUUCAUGCAUCAAAGACUCUGAAAUGGAUCCAGGUGCAUGACCGGCCGUUGCUUUUUCUAAAACGAAGUACUGUGAGCAAGAAGUUGGGAGCGACAGAACAGCAUAAAAAAUGAGCAAGUGGAAAUUUAAACAGCCCGUGCUUUAAUCUUAAAAACUUGCUUACUUCUGUCAGCCUGUGUACCUGUCAGUCUUAAGCUUUUGUAGUACAAAGCUGUCUUGUGGUUGCAUGGGGGCUAAUUCAACCUUUUGUUCAUUGUCGUGUUUAGCUUUCAUUUAGAAUUUUGUCUUUGCUCUUUAUCCUGGAUAAAAAAAGAAAUACUUUUUUUUAAAAAAUGCACCCAGAUCCUUCCCAGAGUACAAGGACUGAAAAUGUGCUGGUUUAGCCUCAGACACCAAAAGCCAGCCCAUGCAAAAAGAGCUUGCUCUUGGACAGUCUUCCCUGCACCCAAUUGGUGACCUCCAAAGGUUGUGGGACUUCCAACUCCCAGCAUCCCCAGCCAACAUAGUCAGUAGUCAGAGACGGUGAGAGCUAUAGUUCGGCAACAUUCGGAGCAGCAGCAGAUAGCAUGAUGAGGCAGUGGCACUCACCUGACUUCCUUACAUCACUGCUGCUUACUACGAGGCAGAGGAGGAGACGCUGUCAAGGUCAGCAUGGUGCGAACACACCAUCAAGAUACCUGGGUUGGCUCCCACCAUUCCUUUGCAUCCAGCCAGUCCCUGACACAUGGCCACUUCUGACCAUGGGUACCCUGCACAUUUCCGCAUAUUUUAAUGAAGUAUUAAAUGUCUUAUUUAUUGGGGAAAUAUUCUAGAAGGCUAUAUGAAGCAGGGUGCUUUACUUCAGAGUAAAAAGUAGGAUCUGGUGCUGAGAUUUGUGUUUAAACUUGCUUAAAAUACACCAGCUACCUAUGUUGUCUGUGUGCUUGAAAACAUGAGUUUUCAAAAAAAAUAAAUUGUUUAGAAAUACUGCUAGUUUCUUGGUCUUUUGUCUUGGAAUGGCAGUCUGUGUGAGGUUACACACUUGAAAAGAAAAUCUGCAUAAUUGGCCAAUAAAAUCAUCCCAUGUGAUAAUUAAAAACAAUCCAAUAAACACUUAAACAGAAGCAGUAUGCAGGAGGCUGGAUGUAGCAAUAGACUGGACGAGGGCCAAUAAACUGAGACUCAGUGCAGACAACUGCUGGCGUGUAGUACUCUUGGUGGAUGUUUCAAUGUCCCAGCCAAAUGUCAUUCUGUCAGUUCCGGAGGGAACUGUUCACACCAUAAAGCAGGGGUGGCCACCUCCCAAAAGACUGUGAUCUACUCACAGAGUUAAAGACUGGCAGUGAUCUACCCCAUUUUUUUGGGGGGGGGGGUUUCAGAUCAAAGUUGUUGAGCUUCUUUGGGGGGGGGGCACUGAUAUACCAGUGAUCUACCACAGAACGUCCACUGAUCUACUGGUAGAUGACGAUCUACCUGUUGGACAUGCCUGCCAUAAAGGACCAGCGUCACAGUUUUGGGAUACUCAUUGACCCAAGGUAUUCUGUCUGCUUGCUAAUGUGGCUGUUACAUUUUUGCGUCUUGCUUUGGACUUGUUUGCAUGUUGUUUUGUGAGGGCAUAACUCUUUAGGCAACUGGAAAUUAAUUCAGUAAAUGAACUGAUAACAUAGUCCAUGGAGCAAGACCUCAUCUAAUGAUCUAAUGGCGCUAGGGUGUUAACUGAGAUUUCCAGAAGCUUUGGGCCUGAUAUAGCUUGAUUCUGUAGCUUUGCAGAGGCGGGCACAUACCCCCAGAGCCAACUCUGCAAUGUGGCACAGAGCGAAGCAACCUAGCUCUAGUGGCGCCUGGAGCUAGAGAGAUAGAUGAAGGCAAGAACUGUUUUCGAAGUGCAAAAAUAUCCCUCCUGCAUCAACCCAAAGGCUCAUCUACUCCAGCAUCUUGUUCUCUUGAUGGCCAGCCAGAUGCAAGCAGGACCUGAAUCCAACAGCACUCUCCCCGCCUUCGAUUCCCAACAUUGGUCGCCAUUGAAUGCCUCACCUUCCUGCAUGAAUUUGACUAAUCCUCUUUUAAAGCUAUCCAAGUUGGCGGACAUCUUCUGGACUGUAGUGGGAUGUGGUGAAUGGCGCAGCAAGUUUUUUAUGAAAUGUUGGGCCUGGGAGUGGAUGGGCACCUUUUCGGUUCCUCUUCAGUCAGCAAAAUGUCUUAGGCUACAACUUGCAUGCGCCAGGCACCUUCUACUGAAGCCCUUCAAGGGACCUUCUGUAGCAAGAUGGACCCUUUGGAACAAAGGACUGAAAUCAGAAAGCAAAACGCACAAACAUCUUUAUUCGUGCUCAGUAAACAGAUUUACUCACUCACACAACUCUACAGAUCCUGACCACAAGUUUUACACGGUUCCCCUCCUUAGCACGUGGCCUUGCAGAAUGUGCAAGUACUUUCAUGUUGCAAAACCGCAGUCCUGCCUUGGCAACACCAUUAUUGCACCUAAACUAUGUAUGCCCUAACUCGAGUUCUUCCUGCCUGAGAAAAACAACAACUAAUAUUAGCCCACAAUGAAAAUCUGCCAGGGAAGUAAGUAAAGGUUUUGAUCAUCAACAGGAGAAAAGAUUUGUCUUACCACUUUUAUGGGGUUAAAAAGCAUAAGGCAGCCUUGUAUUGGGAGGUUUCUAAUGCUUGAUGAUUGUAUUAUAUUUUUAGAUAUACUGUAAGCCGCACAGAGUGGCUGUAUAGCUGGGGUGUAAAUAAUAAAAUUAUUAUUAUUAUUAUUAUUAUUAUUAUUAUUAUGGGAUGGUAUAUUUUGUGUAAGAGUUAAUUGUGAUGUUACAAUGCAGUCUUGCAUCAUGUGGGUACUGAUAUUAUGUGUGCAGUGCAAUGCAGUGUAAUUAUAAAAAUAUUUUACUAGUUUUCUUUUAUAAAAAUCUUGUUGAAGCUUUUGAGUGGAAUUCAUUGUGUUCUAUGAAGCCACUUGGUCACUGUUCUAGAAGGAUUAUUGGGGAUGGGAGGAAUUGCCUUAGGCAAUAGAUGGUAUAUUGGAGGAAAUAGAUGCUGUAUUUCCUGCAGGUAAUAUUAGAUUGUAAACCUUUUUGUUUGUGUCUGCAUGCCUCUGGGCGUUGUAUGGUAAGCUCGUCUGUCUCGUGUUUUCUUCCCUGAUCUAAUGCACCCUGCCUAUUAUCCCCCGCUUUUUUGACCUGUGUACAGUCUGAAUGAUGCAAAUCAUAAGUGCUUCUAUUGCAGCCUGAUUCUCAACAAGACAAAAGUCCAACUGACUUUAAGUAGGACUUGUUUCCUAGCAAUUAUGUUUAGAAUUGCAAUCAAAAUACUGAGCUGAAAUUAUUUAGGAGAAAGUGCCAUUGAACACAGAGGGACUUAUUAAGUAAACCUCUAAAGCAGGAUUUCCCAAACUUGGGUCUUCAUCUGUUUUUUGUCUAGAAUUCCCAUCAUCUCUGACCACUGGUCCUGCUAGCUAGGGAUGAUGGGAGUUGUAGUCCAAAAACAGCUGGAGACCCAUGUUUGGGAAACCCUGCUCUCUAGCAUCUGGAUGCAAGGCUCAGUCCCACUAAACUUGGUGGGGCUUGCUUCUUAGUAAACAUUCUCAGGAUUGGGCUAUGUGUUGGGUACAACUGGGGCAAAAUGGGGGGUUGGAAUUAUGAGUAGUAAGAAGUGAUGGGUCUUCUGCAGGUGAGGCCAAACUUAAAAGUGGUGUGAAAUAAAUGUGUGCGUUUAGUCCUUCUGCACAUUGCCAGAAUCAGAAAUGCAUUGCGUUGCCAUCCUCUCCAUAUAGCAUUAGUACACUAGGAAUCCAGAGACAGGGUGUAUGGCAAGCUGGUAUUCCAAUGCUGCAGAUGUAAUGUGAUGCUGGUUACAUAUUACUCCCCCCCACCAUGAGCAUGUUUUGUGUGUCCAACAUAACCUUUCCUUUAAAAAAAAAAAAGAACUUGAGAAAUGUUGUUCCUGGGCCAACAUAUAGUUCUGCUACAGAAACCUUAAUAGGGCUUAAUAGAUGAAAAAUGCAUCACAGUAUGUGAGCUGAGUCUAGCUUCAGUUGUCUGUGUUUAUGGAGACUGAACUUCCUGUAACAUUAGAGAAUCCAGUCCACAUGUUGUGUAUUCCAGUUCUCUAGAAUCCGGAUCAGUACCACCAGUCUAGGUUUACACAAAGCUCAGAAACUGUAGAGAUCAGGGCCCUGAGGAAGCUGCAAGGGAAUCGAUUUCUGGUGGACUUUUCUCAUGGUGAAAUACAGUGGUGCCUCGCAAGACGAAAUUAAUCCGUUCCGCGAGUAUCUUCGUCUAGCGGUUUUUUCAUCUUGCGAAGCAACCCUAUUAGCGGCUUAGCGCUAUUAGCGGUUUAGCGGCUGUUAAAGGCUUAGCGGCUUAGCGGCUUAGCUGCUAAAAGGCUAUUAGCGGCUUAGCGGCUUAGAAAAAGGGGGGGGAGCGAAAAAAAAAUCUCAAGACUCGCAAGACAUUUUCGCCUUGCGAAGCAAGCCCAUAGGGAAAUUCGUCCUGCGAAGCAACUCAAAAACGGAAAACCCUUUCGUCUAGCGGGUUUUCCGUCUUGCGAGGCAUUCGUCUUGCGGGGCACCACUGUAUGUGUUUGAAUCUGUUCUGAACGAGGUGUUUUGGUCACCAGCCUUUGCGCAGAGUAUGUCUUAGGUACCCCUCCCAAUUUGGAUCAGUGACGUAUCACUUUUACUGUAGCCCUGUGCUGGUGUUCUCUUGUUUGAUUUGAGUUGAUUCAAUAUGUGUAUUCCUGUUUUCCAACAACAAAUGUUGAGCUGAAAGCAGCUCACAAUAGCAUGAAAAACAAUACCAAACACAAGAGCCUAUAAAGCAAACAACAACAGAUUCAUCAAAACAAUUACUACAAUUCAAUAUUAAGUCAUAGCAACUGAUGGUAUUGUCAGGAUACUACAUAAUCCCAUGGGACCUUAUUCCAGUUGUGGGUUAUCAAAUGUGUUCUUCACCAUUAGGUUGUAGUUGUGAGAGGGGAAGAAUGGGGAUACAUUUGCAAGCCACACCUUUUCUGAAGUUGUUCUCCAUGUUUUGGAGAGCUUCUACAAGCAUAGCACUUUCUCUGCCGCAGCACCUCGGAAUAUGUGACAACAGGGUGUUUGAGCUGGCUCACAUAUCCUCUCCUCCUCCCCCCUCAAGCUUGCAUGAUGAAAAAGAUGCCUUAAAGAGGGACUUGGUAUGAUGUUAAUUGCACUGAAUUGUGCAGAACUUUCAGGCAGAAGUGAUUGUGAGUUAUGAACAAAAGGAGAGCACUACACAUUUCAAGGGGUGGCGCUGUGGGUUAAACCUCAGAGUCUAGGACUUGCUGAUCAGAAGGUCGGCACUUUGAAUCCCCGUGAUGGGAUGAGCUCCCGUUGCUCGGUCCCUGCUGCUGCCCACCUAGCAGUUUGAAAGCAUGUCAAGUGCAAGUAGAUAAAUGGGUACCGCUCCGGCGGGAAGGUAAAUGGCGUUUCCGUGCGCUGCUCUGGUUCACCAGAAGCGGCUUAGUCAUGCUGGCCACAUGACCUGGAAGCUGUCUGUGGAUAAAUGCAGGCUCCCUCGGCCUAUAGAGCGAGAUGAGGGCCGCAACCCCAGAGUUGGCCACGACUGGACCCUUUACCCUUUUUACACAUUUCAAACCCACACAUUAUGUUUGCUAAUAAGUCAUGGUGAAGAUGCUGUAAGGCUGUUAAAGGGUGCUUAUGCAUGUCUGUGUAUUUGUGGUUUUUGUCUGAACCACAUCCAUGAGUUAAGUGUUUGAACACUUGUGGGCACAGCAGGAUGGGGCAGUAAAUAAUGCCUGCGAAAUCAUUAUUUUAAGUACAGAGUAUGAUCUGCAUGAACAUUUUAAAUUAAGGCUGAACGAUUCAAUCAGUUUCUGCAUAUAUCUGAGAAUACAUUUUUUUAAAAUUCCCAUGGACAUUUGCAUUUAAAUGGACAGUUGAGUACUUACUUCUAAAGCAUUUUUUUCUUUUUAAAAAAGUAUUUUAAAAUGCAUUUUUGAUGCACGUUUAAAUCCAAUAACAGUUUUUGAACAUGUGGGAGGUGAGAGUAUCAAUUGAUAGUGCAAAUGCCAACCCACACAAAUGUAUUUAAAUGCAAAACUACCCAAUUCACACUGUCCAAAACAAAAUGAGAACUGAAACACAGGAUCCUUCAAAAUUUGCACUUCCCUGAAUUUUGCAAUGUAGUUCCCCAGCCAGCAGUGUGUACAAAAUUCAUAUACUAGGGUAUGUGCAUAAAAAUGUAUAUGUUAGUGAAAAUAACAUUAAAAUGCAUUGUAUUUAGGGAAAUCACUUUGCAACAAUGGGUUUAUUAGGCAAGAUUGUAUAGCAACAUGUGCAUAUCAGGAUAUAUUUGCUGAUGGAUUUUCAUGAGGACUUUUUUCUUUAAAAUAACAAUCACAAACUGAUUUGGAAAUGUGGAGAACUGAAUUUAGGAAUGCAGGAGUUGGGUCAAUAAGAAAUUGAGAGGAAGCAAAAUGGACAGAUUCACCCAUCCCUAUCUUUGGCCAUGCUGGGUGGGACAGAGGCCAUAAUCUCUGGGAGACAUCAGGUUGGGCUAUGUUGAUAUGGACAAUACUGAACUAGAUGAGCUACUGAUAGGACUCUGUGCAAGGCAGCCUCCCUUAUGGGUUAACUGAGUCUUGCCAUCUGGAUCUGUAGAGGUUGUGCCCUGGAAAAUCAUUAUAUUACUUUAAGUGCACAUUCGAGGAAAUGAGGGAAAUGUUUCAGCCUAGUAUUGAAGAAUGACUGAUUGCCUUCUUCUAAUCAUGGAGUAUUUUUCAGCUUGCACAAAACAUUGCUGAUGAUGAUUAAUAUGACUUAGAUGUUAAGAGUCCAUGCCUCUCUCCAGCUGAACCCUUAAAUUCUCAAGCCCUAUGUAGGUCUUGCAGUCUGCCAUGGUCUCAAAACAGUAGUUAGAAGGACAUUUUGCUGGCUUUUGAGAAGAACUGGUAGCAGCAAGUUGUUAAACCAAAUUAGUUCCAAGAAGAAAUGGGAUUUGGCCUUCCUGCAAAUUUCCUUAGAAACUUUUGUGUUUUCUAAAGUGUUUUUAGGACACUGGAACAAUAAACCAAAGUUGAAUCAUGUGCUGGAUUUCAUUGUUGGCAGCUGAAGGGUUUGGUUGCUUUUGAAUGCUUCUGGUUGGGGGUACUGCAGAAUGAAAGGCUUUAUGAUAAAGAACUAGGGAUGUCCUAUAAUAAAUAGAUGGCUAAUUCUAAAAUACGUUAGGCUCCAAGUUGGCUUUUAUUAAUUAUUCUGAAAGACAAGGCAAUGCAAAGCAAAGCAAAAUAUUUUGUAUGAGUUAUCUGUUUCAUUAUACAUUUGUUGCCAUGCAGACACCUAUGACUCUGCUUUUGGGGGAUGUUUAGAGGGGGGGCUGCUGUUCUAGAGGGGGGGACAUCGGGGUUGCUGGCUUUGCCUUGGACUGUAUAACUCUACACUGCCACAGAGUGGUGAUUUGUCAAAGGCCCCAUUGCAAUGGAACCACGGAAUGGGUUGGGCAUGGGGGGAAGGGGUGAAACUGGUGGCCCAAGGAGAGCAAAGAGACAUUUGAUGGUUUACAAUUGAUAUGGAAGAACACUCCUCACUCUUGGGAAAUCUUGCCUCACUGCUUGGUGUUGAAUUAUUACUAUUAUUUCAUUUACUAAUCGCUCACUGUGAGGCAUUCAGAAGCGAUACACACUAUAAUACUAUGGAAAGCAGUUACAGAGAUGAAAUCAGUUAAAACAGUAUCGAAAACAACAACAGCAUGAAGUCAGUUCAAAUCCAGUGCGGAUACCAACUGAGAUAUAGGUCUCUGUUUAGAAGGCUUGUUGAAAGAAGAAUGCCUAUAUGGUUUACAGUGGGAGGGAGUUCUGAAGGAUAAGUGUUUCCACACUGAAGGCCCAAUUCUGGUGUUGUGCAGAAUGGACCUCUUGAUAUGAUAUCAAAUGGAGGAUUCCCUCUUCCGCAGAAUGCAGUGAUCAGUUGGGUUCGGUUUUUUUAGGUAUCCUAAUCCCAAGCUAUACAAGGCUUGAACCUAGCCCCAGGUUGUUUCAAACCUAAAAUUCAGGUGACAAUGCAUGUCUUGUUGAAUGAUGCAGUUUCGUUGAUCCAAUUUUCAGUGAUGUUGGAAAGUUUUGAGAAAAUAGUGGAAUCUAGUGUUUUGUUUUGUUAAACAAUUUUAAAUAAUGGUGGUUUAGAUAAUUGGGUUUUUUUAAUUAUUUUGAAUUUUCAUGAUGAUUGUGUGAGAUUGUAUGCUGCUUUUAUGACAUGUUUCAGUUAAGUUUUGAUCCAUUCCUGCUUAGGCAGUAUAUAAUUUCCCACUGUGAUGAAUGAUAAGCAAUUUAAAGCUUUAUUUGUUUGUUUAAUGCCUUUGUACUCCACCUUUUGGGGCACAUUGCCCUUGCAAGACGGCUUACUAUUUAUUAUUAUUAAAUCAUAUAAAACAUCACAACACAGCAAUACUUUUAAGUACCGUUUCAAAGUUAAACCUUAGCAGCUGUGAACAAUUUUCCAGCCCAGCAAAUUAAUUAGCUACAGAUCAGAACAAAAAUAUAAUUCAAAAUUAAAAGCCCGUAGCCGUUUUUUCUCCCCAGCACAGCAAAUUAAUUAAAUGUGGAGUCACAAUAUUUUCAAAGUUCUUUUAAAAACCAGCAAUGCUAAAGCCAUAUGUGCCUCCCUGGGGAGGGAGUUCCAUGUGACAGAAAUAGUCAUAGCAUUUAAUUUGAUUUUGGGUAGUUUUAGCCAACCCUUAAAUACAUGCCCAUGUCCAUUUUUGACUCUCAUAAGUGGCAUUAUGCUUUGACUAUAUGUCUGCGCUGUACAUUCUCUGUUGACUUUGAGGAUUUCUCCAGGCAAGGCUUUGAGUUCCAAGAUGGAGGCCAAGUUUCAUCAAAACCAAUUGCAUCUUACUCAAUGACUACUAAUGUCGAUAGCCAUGCUCUACCUCCACUGCUUCGGAAUUCCAGUUGCUGGAAACCACAGGAGGGGAAAGUGCUGCUGAGCUCAUGUCCUGCAUGUGGGCUUUCCAGAGGCACCUGGUUGGCCAUUGUAAGAAAAGGAUGCUGGACUAGAUGGGCCCAACUCUUAGGAAGUUCCUAAUGCCCAUCUCUAACAAGAUUUUACUGUGCAGUUCCAUUUCUGCAAAACUGGACGAAUCUAUGCAGUAAACAUAACGUUGUUGUUGUUGUUUAGUCGUUUAGUUCGUGUCUGACUCUUUUUGACCCCAUGGACCAGAGCAUGCCAGGCACUCCUGUCUUCCACUGCCUCCCACAGUUUGGUCAAUCUCAUGUUGGUAGCUUCGAGAACACUGUCCAACCAUCUCGUCCUCUGUCGUCCUCUUCUCCUUGUGCACUCCCAUCUUUCCCAACAUCAGGAUCUUUUCCAGGGAGUCUUCUCUUCUCAUGAGAAGAGCCUCAGCUUCAGGAUCUGUCCUUCCAGUGAGCACUCAGGGCUGAUUUCCUUCAGAAUGGAUAGGUUUGAUCUUCUUGCAGUCCAUGGAACUCUCAAGAGUCUCCUCCAGCACCAUAAUUCAAAAGCAUCAAUUCUUCGGCGAUCAGCCUUCUUUAUGGUCCAGCUCUCACUUCCAUAAAAAACAUAACGUUACUAAGAACAAAUAGUUGCGAUUUUCUCCUGCCUCACCGAUGGAAUUCUGUGGUUUGAAUUUUAGCACAUGAUCUAUUCAGGGAUUCAUCUUAUGCUGAAUGAGGUUUGUUUUUUAAAAAAACUAACUUGUUCAACAAACUAGAACAUAUAUUGAACAAGACUCACAUGGAUUUGAGGUUACCUCAAAUUCGCUUUGUGGUUAUGCUGAAUCUACCCUAGUUCAAAUGACAUACAUAUUAAUAAGAAACUACUCAAAGGAAACUUUUGUGCCAUUUAUGAUCAGUCACCCUAUAAUAAAUUUGUGGCAGUGGGACAAUGAUGUGAUGGACAAAAAUGGCCAGUUGUCCAUCAUGUUGCCGGCUUGUGCUGAGAUCAUGGAUGUGGUUUGUCUGGUGAUCAUGGAAUUUAUAUUGGCAUAUUACAGUCUGUGCAGCUCUCCCCAUUUAUGAAUGUUGGGGAGCAGAUAUGGCUAUCAAGGUGCGGACCCCAGGGAUAACAGACAAUCCUAAUAAUUGCACAUUGCAUUAAGCUGCUGCAUCCUGCUGCUGAGCAGACUUCAGCAUGCAAAAGUGCCCUUACAGGCAAUGUAAACCUUGGAACUGUCCUAAAUCCUAAAUAUAAACAGCAAAUAUUUUAGGAACUGACACAUGGAAUGAUGUUGGAGACAGAGAAGAUUGUGUUGUACAGAAGGCAGCUGUUGUGUUGGUUCUUAUCUGCAGCUGAAGAGGGGUCUCUAAGGUGCUUGAUUUCAUGUCUGCAAACUCGACCCGUUUUUUUCUUUUUCUUUGAAAAGGGAUACAAGGGAAGUAAUGAAAAUGAUACCAUAAAUCAGACAAUUGCCAUUGAGUCAUUGUUGACUCAAAGACAUCUUGCUUUGGGACCCAUUUGGAUCCCUUGAAAUCCUUACUCAAGAGUGAUUUCUUCAUUGUGUUUUGACUUUUUAUUAUGGAGAUACAGCUGUUCUGUUCCCUGCCUAGAAACAAUGACCCAAAAAAAGAAGAAAAAAGGAUUGCUUCGUAGAUCAACCAGUGAAUAUGAACCCAGCUCUGCACAAGUUACUUCUUUGGGUUGUUGCCCAUCUUUGCCAAACAGCGCUACAGACACACUGAAAACAUUUGCAGGCAUUUGGUGUGAUCCAGAUGGACUCCCAUCUAAUUAAACUUGUUUUCCAUGGUGGCCAGCCAGAAGCCUCCAUGGAAAACCCACAGGCACAAAAUUCGGGGAAUGCUUAUUUAUUUUAAAAAUAUUUAUAGUCCACUUUUCUGCUUGAAAACAGGCCUCCAACAUGGUUAGCCAUAAGUGAAAAUGAAUACAGUAUGAUCGCAUCUUACACACAUUUAACUUGUGAGGUUUCAACCAUGCAUGGUUGAAGUCUGGCUGAUUAAAAUUCUGCAAGUUAAAUGCAAGUAAGGUGGGCAGCUUAAAUGUUAUCUUCAUGUGGGAUUUUGCAGUGCAGAAAGAGCUUUCAGGCUCUCUGUAUUGCUUUGGGGGCAAGUCCCGCUGAGUGCGUGGGCUGUGAAAUACUCCUGUGAGAUCUCACAGGGCCAUCCAAGUUCCCAUGAGCACUCCAUGACUCCCAGAGCCAGUGGGUUGAGUGGGGCUUGCCUGGUAAGCAAGGCAAAGAGCUUAAAAGCUCUCUUCCCUGCUUGUGGGGCCAAGGCCCUUUUGGUGUGCUGGCUCCAGAAGACUAGAGAUGCUUGCAUGUGGCCAGUUCCAUGGGGGCAGCUUGAGUAUGCAUAUUUUCAGGUGUACACAGAUCCCUUGGAACUGAACGCCUGCGUAAGAGAUGGUUUGUACUGCAUAUUGCACAUAAAAUUCAGUGUUGACUUACAAAAUCUCUGCAGGGGCAAUGAAGGAAAUUGUACUCUCUCCUGGAAGUUGCUACUGUUUUGACUUUUUCAGUUGCUGGUCUUCAAAAGUUCCAAAAAAAUGUGUUCUACUUAGCAAAAUAGUGUUGCACCAAGUGCUUUAGUCCCUGGGUGACAAUCUCCCCUUUGCUUCCCAGGAAUUGGUAUUCAAAAGCAUGCAACAUCUGAAGCUGGAGAUAGCAUAUGACUAGUGAGUCACUGCUACCCUAUUGCUCCAUGAAUUUAUCCAACAAUAUUUUAAAGCCAAAGCUGUCUUCAAGAUUCACAGGUCCUUGAGAUGGCCCUGUUCAACCUUCCCUUGAUAGAGUGCCUUCCUUCCUUCCUUCUAUCCUCCCUCCCUCCCUUCUUUUUCAAAACGUUGAUAAGCAUAUAGCAGUGGUCAUCAACCUCUUCAGAUAUGGGACUCUACCAGCAGCUGAAAAGGCAGCACACCAGAGGCUCCCCAAUGCUAUUUUACAGGGUCAAGUUUUUGUGAUGAGAACACUAAAGACCAUUUGCUGCCUUUUGCAAUGAUCAGUUCAUUAGAAAUGAACAGGUUGAGUCCAUCAGGAGGAAGCAAGCAUGCAGGUGGUACUAGCAACACCAGUCCUACUCCUCAGUAUAUUUCUGAGCUGAAGCUACUUCUGGCAGCCAGUAACCACUCAGCAACUUCUUCCAGCAAGCUUCAAACUCAAGCCUGUGUUCCUUUAUUUUCUUUUUUUCCUGGCCAAGCUCAGGACUGUAAGAAAUUGUUCCUUCUGCCCCCAGGCAAGUAAGGUGUGACAUAAAUUCUAAUGCCUUCGUUAUCACAGGAUAUCAGAAGCUAUUAAUCAGGACCACAUUGUGCUCCAUAACCUGCCAAGCUCUACAAACACUUAACAGAGGAAAGCAGGGCUGUUUUGCAUAGCCAAAUAAUAUGCUUUCAGCAAUACAUUAAACUUUCUAGGGAUUAAAUUACAGCUUGGAGUUAGACCCAAUUUCUUCUCUUGUGCUGCCUGGUGGGCUGUUUAUCUCCCCCACCCAACCACCUGCACCUGAAUUGCAGUGCUAACAAAGAUUUCACAUAUCUUCUUUUUUUCUAGUUGCAGUCCACAACAAUAGCAAAUGCGUUUCAUUCGAAUGCAUGUGCAAUCCCCUUCCCUCCCUUUCGAACCAGCAGAAAUUAGCCCUGGCUGUUUACACAUCAAGCCCUUAGGAGGUUAAUGUACCACAUAAAUACUGCAUUUAUCACAAUUUUGCCUCCUGUCUGGUAAUAAGUGUGAAAUAUCUUCCUUCAGGAGUUGCAGUCAUUCCCCAUCCCCCGUUGUGUACACAGCCAGAUGCCACCUCUCUAUCCAAUUUUACUUCUGUAAAAUAUUUCAAGGUGAGCUUUUUGGGAGAGGAGUGGUGAGUCUUGAUAGUUCAGCCCAUCCAUUUCCUUCAUUUAUAAAGAAUUGCUCCCAAGCUUUAAGUUUUGUGAUGUGUAUUCAGUGUUCGCAAUAAGCUAAAGAAGAUAGGACUCUCACAGAGAAGGUAUGGAACUUGUUCCUCUAGCUAAUGGCCAUCUUGAUUAUUUGAAAGUGCCAGCUGGCGGCCUGCUUUUUCUUGUUACUCCUUUCCCAUUAUUUUGUCUUGGACUAAUCUAGUUUUGACACCAGAUUCUUUGAGCCCUCCUCCUUGUUUCUGAUACUUUAAUCAGCAAGCAUGCUGUGAUUCCUUCUCUGUCCUGAGCAAAGUAAUCUGGUGUCUGUAACUUGAUCUGGUGGGCCUUUAACUCUUUUUAAUCUUUCAUCUAUUGGAUUGAAUUUGUUGGAACUUGGGACUAAACUGGCUUCUCCAUAGUCACAUUCUCAUGUAACAAUAAAACAAAGCUUUUGGAUUAUUGUGGUUUACCAUGCCUGAGUAUGGUGCUAGUUCAACUUCCCAAUUGCUUGGCUUCUCUGUUGUAUCCGAAUCGGUCAUUGUUGAUUUGCUGUUUUCUAACAAACUAUCAUUUCUAGCCAACGUUAGGCAAGGAUUUGUUGUUGGUUUAUGGGCCAGGGCUUGUUUGGAAGAAAACAACAACAAUCCUUGGCUCAGACAUAAUGUGUAGCCAAGGUUUCCUUGUUUGUUAAUUCUGCUAGUGGCAGGGAGGAGUGAAGUGGAAGUGAACAACCUCCAUGCAGCUCAUUCAUGGUCAACCAUGACAGUGAGCCAGAAUCAUGCAAAUGUGGCCUGUAUGUUAACCUGCUUUUUGUAAAUUCUAUAACAGAGCUCAGUGAAAGCCCUGGAGCUUUGACUGCCUAGUUUCACAGUCCUACAUCAUUUCACUGGACCUAGGAUUGUUCUGUGCACUGCCAAUCCCCUCCCAAUAACAGCAACCUUUAUGUUAACAUCAUUAAAAAACAACAACACAAUUUAGUGCUGAUGACUUCGAGGUUGAAUCUGAAUUCGUAUCUUCUGCCACUUGUUUGACAUCGUCCAAGAGGUGGUGUCAGGUUUAGAAAUAGCAUCACAUCCUUUAAUAGACAAUUAUAUUGUGGUUUCUUCAAUUUCCAGUUUCCACUGGUAGGAAUUAAUGUGAUGGCAUUUUGCAAAACAAAAAAGUGAAGGAAGUGUUCCUGUUCUCACUUUCCUCUGUGCUUUUUACUUACCACCUUGUUGCUUUGAUUAGGAAUGUGGGAAGCUAACUUAUAGAAAGUCAGAUAAUUGGUCCGUUUAUCUUAGUAUCAUCUAUACGAUUUCCCCAACCUGGCACUUUCCAGGUAUUUUGGGCCCCUUCUCCUAUCGUAUCAGCCCCAGCCAAUGUGUCCAACAGUCAGGGAUGAUGUCAAUGCACCAGGACAUGCACUGACUGGCCAGCUCUCCAAGUGUGUUUCCUAGCUCUUUCUGGACAUGCCUGGAAUUGAAUUCAGGAUGUUUUCGCUGGUGCUCUCCCACUGAGCUAUGCCUCCUCCAGAAUUGCAAUGCCUUCCUAACCAUGUCUACUCAGAAGUACUCUUGAAUUCAGAGGAAGCUAGGAAGCAGCCUUCUACUGAGUCAGAACUUUGGUCCUGCUGGCUCAGUAUUGUCUACAUUGAUUAGCAGCUCUCUGGGGCAUUCAGUCUUUCCCAACCCUACCUGGAGAUGCUGGGGAUUGAACCCGGGACCUUCUGCAUGGAAACCAGAUGCCUUUCCACUGAGCUCCACCUUUAGGUAAAGGUAAAGGGACCCCUGACCAUUAGGUCCAGUCGUGAUCGACUCUGGGGUUGCGGCGCUCAUCUCGCUUUAUUGGCUGAGGGAGCCAAUGUGGCUUCCGGGUCAUGUGGCCAGCAUGACUAAGCCGCUUCUGGUGUACCAGAGCAGCGCACGGAAACACCAUUUACCUUCCCGCCGGAGUGGUACCUACUUAUCUACUUGCACUUUGACGUGCUUUUGAACUGCUAGGUGGGCAGAAGCAGGGACCGAGCAAUGGGAGCUCACCCCGUCGUGGGGAUUUGAACCGCCGACCUUCUGAUCGGCAAGUCCUAGGCUCUGUGGUUUAACCCACAGCGCCACCCGCGUCUCCUGAUCUCCACCUUUACUCACAGAUAAAUGCAGUUAGGAUUGCAGCCUAAGACUUGACAAUCAGCUUAAUUUUCAAAUAAUGCUAGAGUUUGUGUUUAAUGAAAACUGUUCCAGAAAUGAUUUUUCUCUUACAAGCCUAACUUGGACACCAAGCUUUAAAUAUAUGCACAGAUCGAAUGUUGCCAGCCGGCUUCUGUUUAAGCAGCUGAGUUUCCACCUGCAGAACUGCGUUCACAUCUUUGUGAAAAUAAUUUGCAUGGACUUUCCUCUGCAACAAAGCAGCAUUUCCCACCCAAAGCUCAUGCUUUAUACUACAUGACCCUUUUCACUAUUCAGCCUUGACACUUGCACUAUUAAUGAAACUUCCUAAGGACUGGUUACUUUAUCAACUCCAUUUUUCAUAUUUGCUGCUUUAUUGAACUUUAUAUUCCCCCCCCCCCCAAUGGUCUUCCACUGUUUUGAGAUGCUGAAUGAACAUUCCUCCUGUUUCUUGAAGCAUCUUGUCUUUGUUAAAGGAUAGUGUUUCUUCAUUUCAUUAAGCUUAUAAGAGUUUCUUAGUACUGAAUGAAAAGAAUUGUAGGUAUUUCAGGAAUCCAGGAAUAGCUAUUUCAUAAUAAAGGACUUAAAAGGAAGGGUUUUCUCUCUCUUUAUACUCUGAUCGCCCACUUUCAAAAAACAGAGAGAAAAACCUCCCCCCUUCUAAGAUACAGCACGGAGCUCUUACUAUUCCGUGCUAACAUUUGAUAUUCUGGUUUUACAAGCUCCAAAGCUUAUUGUCUUCACUGAGAGGUUGAAAUGGUAGAACUGCAUUUUUUUUGGUCUGCCAUAACCCUUUGCCGACUUCAGAUUAACUUUGGAGAAGUUCAGUUUAACAUGAAGUGGUUGCCUUUUUUGUACUGUUGCAAAGUACUGGAAUUCUAAUUGAAGGUGCAUGUUGUGCUAUAUAAAUAAGGUGUAAAAUGGGGAUGACACUUGCAACUUUAUCUAAAACCAUAGAUAAACCAUAUAAAAUGUUCCUUUAAACAGACUAGCAAGGUUAAUGUCUUGCCUUCUUCAAAGUGUGCCAGAUAAGAAAUUAUACAAAUAAUUGCAUCAAAAUAUGACUGAUUUCGCAGAAAUCUCUUAUGCUGAUGUAUUGAACCAGAGAGCAGACAUUAUUAUUGGUAUUGGUAUUAGUAUUAUUUGUAAACCACCCUAUACUCGUAGGUCUCAGGGUGGUUCACAACACAAAGUUACAGUAUACAAAGCACAAAAUACAGAAUAAAAAUAAUCAAAACAUAAAGACAGUAAAACAUGGCUUUUCACUUGGCGAGCUAACGCCUUCUCCCGCUCCUAUUCCAAGUCAUCCUCCAGAGAACUCCACAUGUCUUUUCACUGCUGAUUCUUGCACCGCCCAUAUCUUCUGUGACCAUCAAUUGUCCAUUCGGCGAAAGUAUCUCAUCUCUUAAGUGACCCUUUCCACAUUUCCAUGCUAGUCUGUUUUUCUUCUCCUCACCCUGGCAGAGGAAGUGCGCUGAGACCUACACAUGGAGUUGGUACUUCCAGGAGGCCAGAAAAGACAUUUACUAUCACUGUCCUCCCUGGCAUUUGCCUUUUGCUCCUUUCAGCCUCCUCUGGAAAAGGUUCCCCAUCCCUGACUUACAGAUACUACAGGGUUAUUUUUGUUUGUAGGUACAGAAGUCUCCCUGCUUUAAUAAUUUUUUUUUUUUAAAAAAAAGCCCAUAGGUGUGUAUUGGUUCAUAUGCAGUGGCAAACUAUGGCUUGCAUUAGGUGCUGGACUGCCAUACAAACUAUAGUUAGUGCAUUCCCUCUUUGCCCCUCACCUUCCCCAAGGAUUUCCAGGUGCUGUGCCAACAGUGGCCUCUGAGUGCAGAUGAACAUCCUACUCUGUGCUUUUAGAGGUGGGAUGGAAGUCAAAACCACAAUUGGCCAAACUUUACAGUUUACAAACAGUUUACAGUUACAGUUUACAAACUAUCUUCAAACAUUAUUGGUUUCAGAUCCUGGUUUGGUAACCUUUCAGAAACCACAGAUUUUUCAGUUUAUCAAAUGGUGUAAGUUCAGACAGUGUGGUUUGGCAUUAUAUCAACGUCGUGAGUAGAAAGGCUACUGAUGUUAUACAAAUCGUUCCCUGCAGUGGCAGAGCACAACUUGUAAACAUGGCAAGACAUUCAAUAAGCAGCGAGUGCUGUUCAAAAGUUGAGGUUUUUGGUUUUGUGCAAAUAUCUUCAUUUGUACUUCUCCAAACUUGUUUUGUCAGUCUUGCAACAACAACAACAACAAAAAUCAACAAAAGUUCCUAACCUAUAAGAUUCCCAUUGGCUUGGAGGAAGGGAGUGGGGCAGUGAUUGUCACUGAUCUCCCUGCAGGCGCCUGAAAAUCGGCACUGCAGGGUUGGUGGAUUCUUAUGAGCAACAUGAGAGUAGCACUAAGAGUUGCAGGGAGAGGGAGAAAUCAGCCACAAAAUAAUCACCUCAACUGGAGCUUGGUUCACUUUGGUUCUCUCACAAACAUUAAUGAAACCAGUUUUAUUGAAAACCUAAAAUAUAAAUACUGUAUCAAAAAGGGAGGAAAUCCCAGAAAUCACACUUAUUUCAAAGACAACAAAUUUCAAUACAACUUGAAAUGUGAUCAAAUCUACCCCUUCUUUUCCCAUUACAUUCGUAUCAAAGCAGUCUUGUAAAAUAAAUAAAUUGUUCCAUAGGACACAGGAGACAGAAUACACUGAAGGGGGAAUAAUCUUCAAUUCAGGGAACAAAGCAUUCAAAGAAGGGAAAAUCGGGACUGCUCUUAGUAGUACAUCGUUAAUAGCUCAGUAGUGCAAUUUGCUCUUUUAUUUUUUAGAAAGGAACUGCAGUGAGAAUCUUGUUUCCUGUAAAUAGCUGCUUUGGUCCUUCUGUGAGAUUAUUAUUUGUUUUGGGCAGCCUCCUAGCUUAAACAACUUUUUGAAAAUAACUUGAAUGAACAACCCUGGAGCUCUUGCUACACUAAUGCUUUAUUUGAUUGGAACAUUGUCCCUGAGUAGGACAUUCAUAGCAACAGUCAACAGAGAAUACACAAAAAAGUGGUGGGUUGAGAAAUGAUUCCAGAUGUGGGUGAUGAGAUCCUUUUUUCCAUGCUUUGAUCCAACGCUAAUUGUUAACUAAGUUGGACAUCUCUGUGUCUGUCUGUCUCUGUCUCUAUCUCUCUCUCUCUCUCUCUCUCUCUGUAUGUAUGUACUUUCACUGCAGCUCUGUUGAGUGUCAGUGUGCUACACAAUUGAAUUAGUCACAGCUAUUCUGCGUCCGGUCAAACAGCCAGCAAUAUUAUUCGUCUUGGAAGUUCUAUUGUUGCAUCUAAUGGUGCCUUCUCCCCUCAGCAACGUAGGAGCCCAUUCCACUUUGUUGGUGAACCACAUAAUCCGGCACUACUUAACUAUAGCAUUACAUAUGAAACAGAUUUGUAAUUGAUGGUUACAUGAUAGCUAAAAUAUAAUUCUACAUUCUGAUGGGCUUGUAUUUUUAGUUACUUCUUGUGUCAGCACUGGCUACAGAGAGUUUCUAUCUUUCCGCCCCCCAGCCUUAUGCAUUGAUCACCAAGGGUGUUACUAUGUACUUAAAAUACUCAGGUCGCAGGUCUCUGUCGCAAAUUUGUUAUACAUAUGGAUACAGAUUUAGGCCCCUCAUCAAAAUACGAUUGUCAGUGGCUAAUGUCCUAAUGGCACUCCACACAUUUUGCAGCAUAUCUUGCCGUCCUAUAAGCAAAAUUCUGUUUUUAAAUGUUUUAAAAGGAAGGGGGAAAGCAGGAGGUGUGGCGCCCAAUGCAGAAAAACCUAGAAGACAUAGUUCCAUUUUAAAUGUCUGUGUUGGUCUUCAAUUUUCAGCUUUGGGGUGGGGGCUGGGGUGAGAGGACUGCCAUUAUCAAGUUCCCGGCUUCUCACCUUUUGUGUUUUAAGUUCUAACAAAUAUAAAUUACCUGGCAGUGUCAUGAUUGAGAUGUUAAGGGGAAGAAGAGGGCAUAAACAGCUUAAAUGCUUUAAAUUAUAGAAACACAGCAAGAUGAAUGUUGUUUUCUCCUCAGAGCCAGUGAUAUGAUUAGAAAAUUAGAACGUUUGUUUGCUAACUGCCAACUCUUGCAUGCCUUGUGCGAUAAGCAUUGCACCUCAGAGUGCAAUGCUUAAAUGUUUAAGCAUUUCGCUUUUGAAGUGUAGUGAGUUAGUGUUCUACUUAGAAAUGGCUCUGUUUUGCUUUGGUGGCACAGGAUAGAUUCUUGGUACUCUUUCAGUUGCUUACAUUGCAUGAAGACCAGGCCUGGGAAGGAGUUCAACAUAGGCAAGUUUCCUAUCACUAAGUAUUUGGUAAAACUGGAAAGCUGGAUCUGCUGACUAUAUGGUGAUUCAGUAACCAAUCAUGUUAGAACCCAGUUUUGUGUAUAUAGUCACUAUCACAUGUGACUUUCUCCUGGCCUUAGUAAGAAUGAGCCUGCCAUGUAGGUCAGGGAUGGGGAACAUGGAGUCCUUCAGAUAUUGACAGACUACAUAAUCCAUUGAUCACCCGGGCUGUGAUUUAUGGAAGUUGAAGUCCAACAGUAUCUGGACUGCCACAGAGGUUCCUUAUCCCCAAGGCAUCUCUUUCAGUGUCCAAUCCAACUUGAAAAACUUAACAAAACAGAACUCUGUGUGAUCUCAGACUAGAACAACAGAUCUCUUAAUGCCAUUAGCUGUGUUUGUAAUAUAUGCAACUGUGGUUAUAUGUUUCUAUAACUGUUUUCUGUGGCGUUUUAGAAACAUUCACAGAAACAUCAGAUGUAGAUACUGAAUUCAGUGUGAUAGAUGAUAUCCUCUCCCCCCACAUAGGGACAUUGGUGGCGCUGUGGUCUAAACCACUGAGCCUUGGGCUUGCCGAUCAAAAGGUUGGCAGCUCAAAUUCCUGUGACAGAGUGUGCUCCCGUUGCUCGGUCCCAGCUCCUGCCAACCGAGCAGUUCGAAAGCACACCAAAAAGUGCAAGUAGAUUAAUAGGUACCGCCCCGGCGGGAAGGUAAACAGCGUUUCCGUGCACUGCUCUGGUAUUGAGGUUCUGUUGUGCCAGAAGCGGCUUAGUCAUGCUGGCCACAUGACCCAGAAAAACUGUCUGCAAAGCGGACAAAUGCCGGCUCCCUCGGCCUGUAAAGUGAGAUGAGCGCAGCAACCCCAGAGUCGUUCGCAACUGGACGUAACUGUCAGGGGUCCCUUUACCUUUAACCCCCAUACAUGAAGACAGAUUUAAACAGACCUUUUGCACAGAACUGUAUGGCUGGUUCAUUCUACUGCCUGUUGAGCCAGCAGGUUAUGUGUAGGCCUGAGUUUUCACAAUUGGGUGCUAGGUCAUUUGUUUGAGCUCAACCAAGUUUGGCCUAAGUGUAAAUCUCUCCUUGCUCCAUCCUACCCCUGCCACGCUGCCACCACUCCCAGGGGGCAAACCUCGAAUGCAGUUGACUAAGAUUUGGACUUGUGUGAGGAUUCAGAGACAGUGAGAUGAAGGAAACAAGGAGGAUAAAGCAAGGAAGGGAGGAGCGAGGCACUUAUUAAUUUCCUGCCCCAAAGUAGGGAGAGUAAAGAGAAGCACCACGACUCAUGAAUGUAUGGUGUUUGAGUCUGAAUCUGGGUUUACUAGCUGUGGCUAAGCAUGAAUUCUAUGAUAAACCCUCUUGCAUGCCAUUGACAGUGAGCAUAAAAAUGAAAAAUAUAAACACAUUACAGUAUUUCUCCCCUGUUUUGUUCUGUAGAUAUUGUUUCCUGAACCUUUGAAACCUGGUUAACCCUUUCUUGGAAACUCUCGUUGCCUGGAUGCAAAGCCUGAAAUCAAUUCAUUUCACAUACUUGAAGGAAGAUUUGACUUAAUGGCUGCACAUGAUGGGCCAGAAGUUGUUGUUGUUGUUUAGUCGUUUAGUCAUGUCCGACUCUUUGUGACCCCAUGGACCAGAGCACGCCAGGCACUCCUGUCUUCUUUAAGAGGUUAAGCACCUGCUAAUGGAUCAUAGGUUGGAUGGAAAUUGAAGGCUAUGAGAAUCUUCACGUAGAAUUGGAGGGGAAAUGCUUUGACAUUUUUAUAAGCUUAAUAGAAGUUGUGUUGUUUUGUGACAUCUGUAAUAGCCGCUGAUUAAGAUGGUGCUUUUCAAAAGUAAUUCAAUUCAUUAGCUAUGUAAUUGCCUGCUUUUCUUCAGAAUAUAUAACUGCUAAACAUGCUGCAUCUCUUACACUUGUUUCUCCAUGUAUUUUUCCAUCAGCUGGAAAGUUUUGACAGUGGUGGAUUUGUUUUUAUAUAUGUAUGUAUGUAUUUUUGCAGAACCUUCCCCACUCCAUCUCCAGUGCCUAUUGAUUAGCAGCUGCUUGCAUAAGUGCCCGGGGUUGUUUGAGAAAAGAACAAACGGUGUGCUUUAAAAAACAACAUUCUUUGGUGUGAGCUUCUGCAAGUUUCCAGGGGGGCUGCUUUGCAAUUUGACCACUUGGAGAGAUUGCAAUUAAUUGCUGCUAGGCUGGGGCAGUGAGGCAAGAGGAAAGGUUGUGAUGUGAAGAGUUAUCGGGCAUGCAUGCCAGCAAGGUUACCCUGACAGCUUUAAUCAUUCAAUUGCAUUCUCUGGAGCUGGAAACGAAGGUCCUCUGAAAGGUAGAAAAUGGAUCUGAGAGACAAAAGACAGAGAAAUGCUUCCUUAGCCUUUAAUAGCAAUUAAUUACAGGGAAAUGCAUUCAUAAGAGGUUUAAUUUUUUAUUAUUUAUUUAUUUAUUUAAGAGGAAAGGCUGUCGUCCUCAAUGGUACCAGCAUCUCACUGCUUGAAAAGGAUUAAGUUUGGCACCUGGGUCUUCAUUAACAGAUCGUUCUCUGAAUUUACCUUGAUGUGUAAAACACAGGCUGAUGUUACAGUGGCUGAAAAAUGCACACCCACAUUUUGAACUAUAAUGGAGAAUUAGCCGUGCACGCUUCCUUCUAUUUGGGACUGAGACUGAUGACUGCGCUUUUCUUUCUUUUUUCUUUGUAAAACAUGCAGAAUUGCUAUGCUAAUUGAGGUAAAUCCAUCUGUGGUUUGGCUGGCUGGCCGGCUGCCUGCCUGCCUUACUGCUGCUACAGUUAGAAGAACAGCUUAUCUAUUUAAAAACUUAAACGUGGAGUGGCACUUCAGGGUUUGAACUGGAGAUAGCUUCUCGGAAGCAGCUAUUCUGACGUCUUCAGAGCUGAGUGCUCCCACUCCAUCCACGUUGGAGGCUGAGCUGAGAGCAUAAUAAAUAUGGUGGCAGCAAAAGACCCCCGUCCUCAUAUCCAGGAUUAGGGUGUUGCUUUUCACAAUGAAGUUGAAUUCCCCCCACCUUUUUUGAAUUCUGAUGUUAGUUAUAUUGUGCAGAUGGGAGUCUUUGUUUAGAUUUAAGCAAUGGAAUUUAGCUGCCUCAAUUUUUUAAAAAAAUCCAGUGCCUAUAUUUAGUUUUAUUAUUUAUUAAAUUUCUAUACCGCCCUUCCUCCGAGGAUCACAGGAAGAGGAAUGUUUUUGCCUGACAACUAAAUAUAUGUUAAAAAGAUGCCAGGUGAAUCUUCCCGGAGAGAGCACCCACAAGCAGGGAAUGGCUACAGAAAAGGCCCAAGCUUGUGUUGGCAUCCUCUGUACCUCUCAUGGAGGAGGCACAUGAAGAAGGGCCUCAGAUGAUGAUUGCAGGGUCCAGGUUGGUUCACGUGGGGAAUAUUUGUAUAUAUGUGUGAACCGCAAAAUGAUUGGUUGCUCCGCCUUGUAAUCUGGACAUAGGAUCAACCGGUGGCAUAAAUAAAACUGUUACUUCUACAUGAUGGGGGUUGGCUUCCAGAGAUGGUACUGCUUGGAUAUCUAAUUGCUGGUGGAGCCUUUAGCAGGGGAUUAGACAAAUUAAUAGAGUGCUAAUAGGGACGUGGGUGGUGCUGUGGGUUAAACCACAGAGCCUAGGACUUGCCGAUCAGAAGGUCGGCGGUUCGAAUCCCCACAAUGGGGUGAGCUCCUGUUGCUCGGUCCCUGCUCCUGCCAACCUAGCAGUUCGAAAGCACGUCAAAGUGCAAGUAGAUAAAAUAGGUACUGCUCCUGCGGGAAGGUAAAUGGCGGUUGGAGGAUGGAUGGUGGCUAAUGGAUUGAAGUUGAAUCCUGACAAGACAGAAGUACUGUUUUUGGGGGACAGGGGGCGGGCUGUUGUGGAGGACUCCCUGGUCCUGAAUAGGGUAACGGUGCCCCUGAAGGACCAGGUGUGCAGCCUGGGAGUCAUUUUGGACUCACAGCUGUCCAUGGAGGCGCAGGUCAAUUCUGUAUCCAGGGCAGCUGUCUACCAACUCCACCUGGUACGCAGGCUGAGACCCUACCUGCCCGCGGACUGUCUCACCAGAGUGGUGCAUGCUCUGGUUAUCUCCCGCUUAGACUACUGCAAUGCGCUCUACGUGGGGCUACCUUUGAAGGUGACUAGGAAACUACAACUAAUCCAGAAUGCGGCAACUAGACUGGUUACUGGGGGCGGCCGCCGACACCACAUAACACCGGUCUUGAAAGACCUACAUUGGCUCCCAGUACGUUUCCGAGCACAAUUCAAAGUGCUGGUGUUGACCUUUAAAGCCCUAAACGGCCUCGGCCCAGUAUACCUGAAGGAGCGUCUCCACCCCCAUCGUUCUGCCCGGACACUGAGGUCCAGCGCCGAGGGCCUUCUGGCAGUUCCCUCAUUGCAAGAAGCAAAGCUACAGGGAACCAGGCAGAGGGCCUUCUUGGUAGUGGCGCCCGCCCUGUGGAACGCCCUCCCAUCAGAUGUCAAAGCGAUAAAUAACUACCUGACAUUCAGAAGACAUCUUAAGGCAGCCCUGUUCAGGGAAGUUUUUAAUCUGUGAUAUUUUAGUGUAUUUUUGGUUUCUAUGGAAGCCUCCCAGAGUGGCUGGGGAAACCCAGCCAGAUGGGCUGGGUACAAAUAAUAAAUUAUUAUUAUUAUUAUUAUUAUUAUUAUUAUUCCGUGCGCUGCUCUGGUUCGCCAGAAGCGGCUUAGUCCUGCUGGCCACAUGACCUGGAAGCUGUACGCUGGCUCCCUCGGCCAAUAAAGCGAGAUGAGCACAGCAACCCCAGAGUUGGCCACGACUGGACCUAAUGGUCAGGGGACCCUUUACCUUUACUAAUGACCAUUAGUCAUGAGAGCAAUAUGGAACCACAGAAUGCCAGUUGCUGAGGAGCAACACCAUGGAAUGAUUAGUGCUUUCGGACAUUGCUUGUGGGUAUUCGAGAGGCAUCUGGCUCUCCACUGUGGGGAACUGGAUACUGGACUAGAUGGUUUGAUCAAGCAGUGUUCUUCUUUUGUUCUCCUGGGAAAAUCUGCAUGUGUGCUUGAGAUUUCUCUGCUUCGAACUGUAAUCAAGAACUUUCUCUAUGUUGUUUGCAUGUGCACAUUUAAAACAGGGAUGGGGAAAACUGUGGCCUUUCCUCAUGUUAUUGGACGCCAGAUCCUCUUAGCCCCACCUAGCGUAACCUAGGAUGGUGGGUGUUUUCCAAGAACAUCUGGAGUACCCCACCUCUGGUUUAAAGAAUAAGAAAAAAAAUACCAGGUUUACUAUUGCACUGUAAGCCAAAUGCUAGAGCAUGAGACUCUUAAUCUCAUGGUUGUGGGUUCGAUCCCCACAUUGGGCAAAAGAUUCCUACGUUUUGCAGGGUUUUGGACCAGAUGAAUUCUACAGUUCUGUUAUUCAAAUUGUAUAUGGCUAAACCGGUUAAUAUGUCUCAGUAGGAACCUAUUCCUGUUUAAGAAUCUUUCUCUUUUGUGUGCAACAGAGACAAUUUCCUGUAAUUUCAGUUAUCUGGGUCUUUCCGUACUCUCAGUGGCUGAAGACAGUCAAGCCAGUUCUUUCCUUUCUUUCUUUUAAUCGGCAAUGAAAGUUCAGAGCCUCCAGCUAUGUUUCGUUUUUAUUAUUUUAUUAUAUAUACACACAGAGAGUUGGGAAGAAAUUCUUCAUUAGAUACAAAGAGCGUGAAUAAUCUUUCUGGCAUCUACUCUGAAUGUUAUAGUAACUGCACUGGUAAGCCAAGCAAGGCUGCAGUCCAGAGCACAGUUUUCAUCUCCAAGGCUUCGCUCUCAUUGCCACAGGCGGAUGCCAGAGUUUGGAAUCAACUGCAGAUGCACAUUACAAAUGCUGACUUAGUAUUGUUUCGUGCUUACAUAAGGAAGAUCUGCAAAUGUCCUUCAAUACUAUAAAGCAUUAUUAUAUAAGCUGUGUGUCAUUUUAAAUUACAGUAAACCCUCCUAUCUAAGAGGGUGGGGGGAGGACUAAAACAAGGUGUCCUGUUCAGUUCAGCACAGCAGCGCACUGCAAAACCCCACAUCCGUUGGCAUUGCAGCUAGAGGUAUUCAAACAGAACUUCAUAGGCCAUAUUGCCCCUUUGCAGUGUUGGCAGAGAGAUCGACUGAGUUACGAGGCUCUGCGCAGGCAAGCAGACCACAGAAAGAGGCCUUCCAAAAUCUUCCCCUCUGGGUGUUGUUAAACUCCAGCUCCCAUCUGCCCCAGACUCCAUGGUCAAUAGCCAGGGGUGAUGGGAGUUGUAGUCCCAAACAUCUGGAGAACACUGGAUUGUACUAAGACUUCUGAUGCUACUGGCUUUAUCCGCCAUUCCACAUGUUCUGGACCUAGCCUAAAGCCUUAUAUGUGUGGGCAUGCACUUGUACAUAAUAACAGAGCAGGAUAGCUCUCUGUGUUAAAACGUCUUCUGCUCCUUGAGUUGCAGCCCUGCAAGCGAACUUGGCCACUUUUUUUUUUAAUGGGAUGUGUGUUUCUUUGAAAGUAUCCACAGAGAAGCUCUCUUGUUUCCUCUGGGUCAAUAAAACUUCCUCCUUGUUGCUUUCUGCCGUAGCUUUGCUGAAAUAAGAUAUCAGUAUGGAGUCCUGCGAAAUAAGUUUGUAUCUAUUCCAUUGCCUUGUCAAGAGAGAAAAUGUCUUUGAGCACCAUGAGAUUCACUAAGCCUCUUUAGCCAAAGGGCAUCACUCAUCCUCCAUUAGAGCAGAGAAGUUUUUUUAGUAAGGGCAAGAGCUCUGUUGUGUCAGGCACCAUCUAAAACACAUUAACAGAUGCAACUCGUGUCUCAAAGACCUCUGCAAUCUCCCUCCCUCUCUCUCUCUCCCCUAGGUUCAUUUGGGUACCAGGAAAAGCAUGGGAGCGGAAGCAAUGAAUUUUUAACUUGCUUUCUGAGGACCAUUCAGCACCCUCAGAGGAGCGGUUUUUUUCAGGCAGAUGUUCUGUGUUGUUCUCUUCCCCUCCUGUCUCACUUAUUGGAAAGAGUGCUAGGCAGAACACACAGAAUCUGGAGCCAAAUUCUUAGUAGGAAACCAUCCAUUGUGGAAGGUUACUCCCCUGGCUUUGGAGAGGCCAAGACACAUGCUAACUUAACGGAAGGAUGAUGUGGCUCAUUGUUCAGAGAUGUACGUACUUCAGUACAGUCUUCUAAACAUUGGAGGCUGGUGCCUAUUGGAAUUACUGGGGUGGAAGGCAGGGAGGCCAACAGUAGGUGGAGCCAGAGCCAAAGACUGGCAGAAGCCACUAAUUCUAGUUUUGUCCCCAUCCUCCUCCUUGGUAAGCUCUGUAAUGGUAACACUGGCAUUAUGGAGAAGGAAGCAAGUAGACAGAGCUACUUCCUGGUCUGGUCGUAAGUAAAAAGAUAGGUGAGGACCGGCUGAAGUUGGUUGAGCAGUUCCCCAUUUGCUUUAAUUGACCAGCCUCCACUACUUCUAAAUAGAUCCUGCUAGAAACCAGGUUUUAUCAGCAUUCAUUCAUUGAAUUUUACAUAAUAUUUCAUACAUAUGUGUGUAUGGAAUGCUAAAGCCCCAAAUUAAGAGAUUAUCCUAAAAAUACAUGUUGUGGCAUACAGUUACUGUUUAGGUAGCGGGAAUUGACUUUGAGAAUCAUGGUGGGCCAGUGAGAAAGCAAAUUAGAUAGGAUUUGGCAGGCACAGUUUUAAUCUAUUAUUAUUAUUAUUAUUAUUAUUAUUAUUAUUAUUAUUAUUAUUUUAAGAGGGCCCUUUCCUUUGGUGAUUUUAUAUUGUACUUGAUAAGCCUUUACCUCACUCUGAACUGACUCGGUUUGACCUUCAUGACUUAAUUACAUAGCAAAAUCAGGCUGGCUAUGUAAUGGUGUGGUGUUAUCCUGUUCAAUACCCUCAACUAACUGGAAUCACCCAUGUCACCGAUUCAGGAAGGAAUUGCAUCACCGUGUAGCCAAUUUAGACAGGAUAUGCAGUGUUGCGGCAUCAUGACAGUCACCACACGCUCCCUGAUUGGGUGGCACUGCCAAUGUGACUAACCAGGGGUGGGGGGUGGGAAAUAGGAUUUUGUAAGUUAAAAUUAAAAAGCCGCAUAAACAGCAGAUAAGAGGAAACAAUGGCAGAGAACAAUGGCAGAGUUAUUUUUUUAAAAUAACUUAUUGACUUUAUACCAAUUUUAAACAGCGGUGACUUUUUGACACAGACUCCUGAACAUUCUAAUCCUAAUAGGGAUUGUGUGAAUUUUUCUAGCUUCUUUCACGGAACUAGGCUCCCUAGUAAAACAAAACAGCUAUGUGUCUCUGAAACAUAAUAUAUACCUUUACAGGGUUGUCCUCAGUAUGUUGACCCACCGUGGGGUUUAUUCUACGGUCAGUACACACAGUGGUGGUUUUUUGGUUAAAAAUAAAUAAAUUGAGGUGCUCAUAUCAUAUGUUGAUAAAAGUGCCUUUGGUGACAGUAAAAUAAUGGUUCCCGUGGGCAGCAAAUGAAGAGGUGGCAGCACUCUGAGAGCACACAUACGAUGCCACCUUUAAACUAUGUAAGGCUGCCUGCUGAAGAUUUGAAAGGCGCAUGAGUGCUAUGCCACUGAUUAUGUAGCCCUAAAGGAAUCAGUGGUUCUGCAGUAUAAGUGCUUCCUACAUUUGCUUAUCAUAGUCUUUCUCCAGCUGUUAUGAAAUGGUGAUUGGGAUGCUUUUAUUUAGAUACGUGUGCAAGAUGAACCAGGGGCAGAGGGUGGGUGGCACUCUGAUACGCCUAUUCCCUUCUCCCUUUAUAUCUGUGGUCAGAGAAGAUGCCUUUACCUUGACUGUGGGUCUAGGGUGACACCAUUUCUGUAAAACUACUUUAAUUUUUUAAUUUUGUUGAUGACUUGUAAACAGCUAACGACUCCCAGAUGUGCAAUCUAAACUCAGCACAUAUUUGAGAGGAGAAGCAACCUGUAUUUAGUGCUUAGUGGACAUUAAUCUGCUUCGCAUCCCCUAGAUUUAGAUUUAUUCCUGUUUAGUCAGUAACCAGACUGGGCUCCAAUGAUCAUUGGCUUGUAAUAUGUGAAGAAUUUAGGUCAGAGGAUUUUCCAGCAUUAUACUCUUAAGACUAUCAAUGUAAGUGGGAUAAUAAUUGAUGGAUGGGAAUGCAAUCCCUGUCUGAGUGUACUGAACAGAGUUUCUGUGGCUCUUGCAUGGGGCCUGCGCUCACUGCCUGACGCUAAAAUCAUACACAGUAAGCCUGCAACUUACACAAGGGUUACGUUCCGGAGACCACACCUCAAGCAGAAAUAGCAUAUAGAUGCAUUGGUGGGUGGGAUUGCCGAACUCUCUCUCUCCCCCCUCCCGCGGAAUCCUACCUCCUUUAAAGUAUUUUUGCCAUGCACGUUCAGCUGAAUGCACACAAAUUAAAUGCAUGUAGAUUGCGAUCUAACUGUACACACCUAGGUGGGAGUAGGUUCCUCUGAACCCAGUGGGAACCUAUUUAUGGUAGACAUGCAUAGAAUAUUGCUCAUAUGUUCUUGUCUGGAUCUUUGAUGUUUAAUAAACUUAGUCCAUCAUGUUGUUUUUAUGUGUUAGAAUAUGAAAGUCCAUUUCCAGUGAUCAAGCGCUGUUGCUUAUUCUGACUUGACCAGGGAGCACUAGCCAGCAUUUCUCAGUUUUUGUCCCUUUUCUCAUUUUUUUAAAACCAUUUUUUCUUGCACAAGUGCAUGUUCAAGUUGCUUAUAAGAGAUUCCACCUAAACUGCCUGUCAACCUCCUGUUUCAGGUUGUAAUAUAUGAAGGGGCCUGCUGGUUUUUAAAUGAUUCAAAGUUAAUAACUGGGAGCUUUGUCAGUUCAUUUUGAGGGAGUAUGUAUAAUACCUCUGCCUAUCAGAAAGUAUGUGUUUGACUGCUGAUCUUGUCAUUGGUUGUGUUUAUGCUAUUUUUAGUGAGGUGGUGUUGGGUGUGAAUUUGUUGGCUGCCUUGGAAUGAGAUCUGAAAAAUGAGUGAUAGGCUCUCUACCCUUGGUCCUCAGUAACUGGAAGCGGCAAACAUAAAUAUUUCCCGAAAACAGUUGGGGAAUAACUUACUUUAUAUUGAGCUCUGUUAUAACUGCAAUUAGAUGCUGUGGUACCCAUUAUAAUAUUAUCUGGAGCAUUAUAGGGACAGAUCAUUCCCUCACUAACCCUGGAACAUCCAAAUCCCUAUAUCCUUGAGCCCCCAAAUUUUCUCCACCAACUAACCCACCUUGGAGCUGCCAACACUCCUUUCUUGCAGCUGCUUACCUGGUUCUUGUUUGGAUACUGGAUUGAAUGAGAGACAUCUCUCUCCUGGAGUAUUGUUGUCACAGCAGCCCAAAGGUUGGUAGCCCUGGGAAAUAUUAUUUUCCCAUGGCUACUGAUGUUCAGAAAAAACAGGGAAGGAAGCAGUUUAGCUGAAAAGAGAUUUUGCUUUGCUUUGUCAUAAUGCUUGCCUUUUAUUUAAUGCAAGCACAACAAGUCCUUGUGCUUCAUAUUUCAAGCCAAAAAAGUACAGACUUUGACAACAUGUCUAAUAAGAUCAGUUUAAAUUAAUAAAUCUUGGCUAAUGGAAACAGGAGGACAUAGCCUCCAUGUUGACCUCAUCUUUCGUUAAACCCAGUUCAACAAUGGCCAUGAAGGAUAUUCUUAUGGCACUUGUUUUAACACUGUUUCCCACUACUAUUUAUUGUGACGUUUGCUUCCUCAGUUCAUUUAAUGAUAUACUGGGAUGAAAUUAAAUUAGAAGUUGUGCUUGUGCUUCAUGAAACAAAGAACUAACCAUGUAUUUCACCAUCAUUUCCAGAGAGCAGCACUGACCUCCGAUAAAGACCUGUACCUUGACAACAGCUCCAUUGAAGAAGCAUCAGGAGUCUAUCCAAUUGACGACGAUGAUUAUACUUCGGGUUCAGGCUCAGGUAAAGCAAUGUUGCAUAAUGAUAAAUGUGUUAGGACUGGACAUGGCCUUUGUCCUACAGUUCCAUUGUACAGCAUACACUUCACAUGCAAAAUGUGCCAGGUUCAGUCCCUGGCUUCUUAAGAAUGAAAUAAAAUCAGGUAGCAAGCAAUGGGAAGCAGAGUAGUCAUUACUGGGCUAGAAGAGUCUGACCAUGUUCUCUUCCUGGGUCUCCACAAGUUGUGUUGAUACACUCAGGUCAGCUGAUAUGUGUGAAGCAGGCCCUUGAUCAACAAGAACAUGAAAAAACCUAAUCUGAAAAAACCUAAUCUGUACAGAAAAUUCAGUACAGUGGUACCUCUGGAUACGAAUGGGAUCCGUUCCAGAGCAUCCAGAAGCAAACAUAACUAGCAACGGCACGUCUGCGCACACGCGCGUCACUUUUCGCCGCUUCUGCGCAUGCGCGUGGUGUCAUUUUGAGCGUCUGCGCAAACGGCGAAACCCGGAAGUAACGCGCUCCGUUACUUCCGGGUUGCUGCGGAGCGCAACUCGAAUGCGCUCAACCCGAAGCACAUUCAACCCGAGGUAUGACUGUACAGGCAGCUCCCAAUUUAUGCGGAUGUUACGUUCCAAGGCACCGUGCAUUUAAGUGAAACUGUGUAUAUUUGAAACACCCUUGAAAAAGCCUUCAGAUACCCCGUUCCGCCCCUUUUGGUGACUUUUUGGGUCACUUCUGUAUUUGGCGCAAUGCACAUGUGCGCAAUCGCACAUAUAUUGGAUGUGUCUAAAGCCAUCAUUGCCUGUAUGUUGACUACCUGCUGAAUCUGUGAUGCUGUUUAUGAUGAAGAUUAGAAUCCCCAUGUUGUUAUCAGUGUCUGUAUCAUUUAGUAGAAUGACCUUGGUGACACACUGCAUUUAAAGGCCACAGAGAAUGUUUGGGCAACAAAGAAGUAAUUGUGGCUCAGGUGACACCACGUGAUAAAUUUUGCCACAAGCAAGAGCAUUGCAUCUCAUUAGCAUAUAUCAGUUAAAGAGUAUUUUUUAUGGAGAGCAUAAUGUUUUUGAUGGGCGUGGGGGCGGGGCUACCUAGAGUGGCGGAGAUAUUGAGUGUGUGGCAGGGAACAAACAGAGCUUUCAGUAGCUACCCUUUCCAUGCUCCCACCUGGAUUGUGAAAUUUCAUGUGCAUUUCUAUAGUUACACAGUAAUCCUGAACUUUUCUGAAGCUUCCUGUUGGUUGAAUUGUGCAUUUAUGUUUUCCGGAGUUGAGAUACACAGUUUUAAACGCUGAUAUCCUGUUGGAUUUAUUACAUAUAAAUAAGGGAUAAGACAAAAAAAUGGGAUUUUGUUUUAGAUUAGACCCUGAGGCAUUAAAAAAUGUUGCACCAGGCUGCUUGAUUAAUAUAAUUCUUUCCCCCUGCCCCAGUUGAAUGUACUGAAGUAAUGGAAAAUUAAACUAAGAAAGCCAAAUACUACCGAGCAAAUCUCGAUGAAUUAAAUCAGUUAGGUAGAUAAAAGAAAAUGUCACGAGUGUUUGGAUUUCAGUGCAAAGUAGUUGCUACAUAAUCGGUCAGAUAACUAUCCGGUCCUUUUUACAGCCAAAUAAAUUACACAGUAAAUGUUUAGAACCUUUUUGAUUAGCCAGCUGCUGAAUAAGUAAGGGCUGGUCCCCACAAACACCAGAUUACAUUCUCAAACUGUUCCUGGAACGGGGGGUGUCACAUGCUUGAAUGCUUCCCUAUGAAAGCAACCCCCCCUGCAGAUCAGGGACAUGGGGAAAUGUGGUUGGACACCAGCUUGCAUCAACCCCAGCCAGUAUGGUCAAUGGUCAAAUCUGGAGGGCCAUGGGUUCCCCUUCACUGCUGUAGAUAGGAAACCAGCAUGUUGUGAAGAGUUCAAGUCAUCUUACAACAGGGUUGUUGUAAGGACAAAAUGGUUGGGGUGAGGGGAGAACUAUAUGCUAUCCUGGAGCUCCUUGGAGGAGAAGCGCCAAUAUUUAUUUUACAUUUUACUGCGAUGUUGAUGGUUUUUUUAGAAAAGAUUUUUUAAAUAAAUAAAUAAAUUGUAAACAGCCUUUAGGAAAGCACACAAAUAUCGGCAAUAAACUGGAGCAGAGCAAGUAUGUACAGAUGCGUUUCCAUUCAUAUUCUUCUUGUGCUUCAGGGGCUGAAGAAGAAGAAGAAGGCGAUAACACGCCAAUAGUGGUGCCAUCAAGAACUCUUCCAAAGAUGCCACCAACUAGCGAUGCUCCCAGAACUGAGAAAACCACGCUGAAAAUGCAGACCAAGGUACCUACGCAAACAAAGGUGUGUGCAGGGGAGGAGCCUCUUGCUGGUUUUUAAAGCUGCCGUAAUAAUAAUUUAACCUUAAAUGCCAUCUGAUGUAUGCUUUAAGAGGAUUUACUAGGUUUAGUGCAAAGCUGUGGAUUAACCAUAAAGACAACUCCCUUGGAUAUCAUAUCAGUCUAUUAAGAGAAAUGCAGAGUCUUCUGUGCUGAAACGUGUGUAUCCCUCCUCUAUAUCUGAGAAUAUAUUGGAUGCUACUCUCUCGUAGAAGGCGCCGGUGCCCACAGUUUGGCAGGGUUCUUCCCCAGUGCUACAUUUUCCUCCUUGAGCAUCCUCAGGCUGGUGACCUCCCCAAUGUGUUAGUGCCUACAGCUAAAAUGGGAAAGCUUGGUGACAAGCGUAGAAUCCCCAGCCUUGCAUUUUCUGCUGUUGUGCAAAGUAGCAAUAGGCUAUUGCAAGGAGAAGGGGAGUGGGCAGGAGACUCUGUGUUUAAGCCUUGCUCUGCCCACUGCUUCCCCUCUUUUAACCCUUAACCCUAUUCCAACCAGCUUCCCCCCCCCCUUUUUUUUUAGUGGGGAAGGGAGACAGGUGUGUAAGGAAAGCAAAGGUCGGGGUAGAGUUAAGUACUGCAAAGUUAUGAUUCUGAGUUGCAUCGUAAGAGAUACUUCCAAAGGCCUGAAACUUGCAAAAAAACCAUAGUGGAGAGUUUUCAGUAACUACCAAAGAGUAGGGCAAGCUGCUGUAGUUUCCUGCAUCCAGGGCACCCAAUAAGCAUCACCGAGCAGUUGGCUAUUCCUCUUAUGGACUGUGAAUCCUAUCAGAAUGUGCUUGUUGCUUCACUUACGAAUUCUGACACUCAAAAGGGUUUUACACAGGGCAGCCAAAAUACAAAACAUCAAAAGGAACUGAUGGCCGCUAAGAGCUUUGUUGGAGGGCUAUUGGCACACUGGGCUAGUUCCCUCAAAUUAACAGUGGAAAUGUUUUUGGGCGUAGCUUAAAUUGUGGGGAAUAGGCUCCUUGUUUUCAGAUUAUAGGAACAAGAGUAUGGGACGUUGCCUCUUACCAAGUUAGAUCAUUGGUCCACCUAGUUACACUAUGCUUUCUACACCAACCUUAUUUUCCAACUUGGUGUCCUCCAGCUGGGGCUGAUAGGAGUUGUAGUCUAAAACAGCUGGAUCACACCAGGUUGGGGAAGACUGGGAUACACUGACUGGCAAUGGCUCCUCAGGUUUGAGAGAGGGGACUUUCCAACCUUACCUGGAGAUGUUUGGGAUUGAACCUGUGACCUUUUAUAUACAAAGAACAUGGUCUUCCACUGAGCUACAGGCCACGUUACGUUAAGUUAAAGAAUGUUUAAACUGAAUUAGACUACAUUCAUUGCACCAUGUAGCAACAAAUAUAUUUGAUUUUACUCUUAUUUCAUAGGGGUAAGCACAUCUAUAUAAGCACACAUUGAUUUGUAGGUGUUAUUUUGAGAAAGGGGUCUGAGGCUUCCAGUUAGAAAUUUAGGAGACAAAUUCUGCCCCGUCCCCCAUCCCCCUUUAAGGUUCUCAAGAGAGUUGAGCUAAAGGUGUCAAGUGAAUAGGAAAUGUAUAUAUUACAGAAUUUGAAUGCAUAAAGGGUAAUGGUUUCUGUCACUGCUGCUGCGGGUUGUUGUUUCUCCCUCUAAACUGACUCUGUGCCAUCGUUUUCCCACAUCUUGUGCUACAGUCACCUGAAGAGAUUGAUAAAAAGAAGAUUCUCAAGCCUGAUGCUGAAAACAAAAACGCUAAGAACGAACCAGGUGAAGACACCGACGUAUUCACCCAAAAACACUCAGAAAACCUUUUCCAGAGAACAGAAGUAUUGGCAGGUGGGUGCCAUAUGUUCAUAAGCUGCAGAAUAAGGAGCUUCCUGCUCUAUUUUGAAGCCAAGGUAUUCACUGUCUCUGCAGCUACUCACAUAGCUGUUAGGAGUAUUGGAGGACUGUUGCUUUGAGCACUGUUCCUCCCCACCCUGCGGUAUGAUGCAGUCUCCCCACUUUUUUUCUCUUUUGCAACACAGGAACGGUUUCCAUUUUAUUACUCUUUUCCUCUCAAUACUUUGCUGCCCUUUCCUUAGCAUCUCAAUAAUGUUUACACCAGGACAUUCACCUCCUCCUCAAGGGAUGAAAGAAAAAACAAAUCUCUUUCACCUGAGGGGUUCAUUUGCAAAGGGGAUGGGGCUGCUAGAAGCUUUUGAGCUUUGCGAAUUCGGAUACAAACAAACCCUAACCUGCACCUCACACAGACGAAUGUGAGGAUCUGAACACUGCCAGCCCUCUGGAUUUCACACUUCCUCAAAUUUUGCAAUGCGGUUUUUGGUUCAAAGCAUAUAGAAUUGUGUUUAAUGGUGGCACGUGCUUUCAGAUAGUGUUCAGAAAUGGGCAUUUUGAGAGAACGUGGGUUGAAAAUACAUAUUGAGCACCGUCGCUAGAACACCCCUUUAUUGGCCACUGGCACACCAGCAGUGGAGGGGAAAUGGCCGCAGUCUUUUCCACAAGUGGUGGAUCUCCCUCCCAGAAGGUGGGCCUCUGGGCUACUCUCUCUGGGACCAGAGAGUUGCACCCAUCAUGCCUUGCUUGUCUAGUUUGACUCCAGGGCUGCAAUUCACACAUGCUAGGAAGCAAAUCCUUUUGCAUUUUGCAGCCAAGUAAAUAUAUUUGGGGCUGGGCUUGUCAAGCCUUCAGGAACAUUUUAGAACGUCCCUUCCAGAACCUUAACAGUUAUUCGGCUAUAAAAUAAUCUGGGUGGCUCUUAAGAACCUGCUUGGGUUAUAAACACGAUUUACGUGUUUAAACUAAACUGAAUUAAAAUGUUACAAUGGCAGUGCUCCAAGGGGCCAUGGUUGGCAGUGCCAGAAGCAAAAGUAGGGGGAACAACAUUUUUGUUAACCCUUUGUACAGUAGAAUGGUUUCUACGCACACUUGCAUACUCCUCCCUAUUCAGGCAAGCAAACUGCAUUAUUCAGGGAUGCAUUUCAGCCCGGCGAACCUCUCAUGGAAACUGCAGAGCGGGACCAGUGAGGGUCAUGGCUUGGGAAGAGGAGGUGUGGCAAGGGUAGGAAACCUCUCCACUUGGUUCCCAGGCUUGAGGCUUGCUGCUUUGAAAUGCCAUUUUGAAAGGUUGGGAUACUCGGUAAACGAUGGUGGUUGUUUUUUCUCUUGAGAGGGGACAACUUGGAGGCAAUACACUGCUCCUGGUGAAACUUCUGUUCUUUUCCCUUCCAUAGCUGUUAUCGCCGGUGGAGUUAUUGGUUUUCUCUUUGCAAUCUUCCUUAUCUUGCUUUUGGUAUAUCGCAUGAGAAAGAAGGAUGAAGGCAGCUACGACCUUGGAGAACGCAAACCAUCCAGCGCUGCCUACCAGAAGGCACCUACUAAGGAGUUUUAUGCAUAAAACUCUUAACUUAAGUGUCUCUGUUUAAGAGAUCACUGAACUUUUUAAAUAAAGCUUUUUUUUUUUUUUGCAUAGAAUAAUGAAGAAACCUUUUUUUUUCAUUAAAGAGCCUUUAUGGCACCUUUAUGAUAAAAAAAUCCCAUUGUAUUUAAAACUUUUCAUGUAUUCCUUUUAAGAAAAUGUAAAGUAAAAUCUUAACAUUUUGCAGUGUUCUGUGAAUAACAGUGGCAAAACAUUAUUUUAUACAGCCAUUGAUGUUCACUGAAUCAUUUAAAAACUUUAUGCAUAAAUGAAAAUGAUUGUUUUUAUCCUAUGGUUCAAUGAAAGUUGUUUAAUUUUUGUCAGCAUGUCUGAUUGAUCUUACAAGUUAGUUUUUAUUUCAUUAAUUUAUCUGUUUCCAAAAAAAUAAAUAAAAAUAAAAUGCCUUUUUGUAGUUGUCAUGGUGCAAUUUGUCUUCGGAUAACUCAGAUAAUGGUAACUCUUAGUGUAAAUGUAUUUUUUCAGCUAUGUAAACUUUAACCUCCACUUUGUAUAAAUUUUAGUGUCAGAAAAUCCAUUUUACACCUUGCUUUGUUUCUCAGUGUUCCUGUAGCUUCAUUGAAACUUACAGCAGCAAAUUAAUGUGUAAAAUUGGACUAUUACUGCAAACGAUGUAGUCGUACCCGUACAAAAACAAAUCUUCUUUAUGGGAGAUUUUGCAGUAAGCUACUGACAAGCCUAUACAAACCCAAAGACUCUUAACAGUAUUCCAAGAUGUUGCUGCAAAUUUCUAUGGCCACUGUUGGUUAAUUUCUUGCAAUUUGAAGGUACGAGUAGGAAUUGAAAAAGGAUCCUUUUUUUUAAAUUGUUCUUUAAAAAAUGCAUUUAAGUUGUAAACGUCUUUUAAAGCCUUUGAAGUGCCUAUGAUUCUAUGUAACUUGUUGCAGACUGGUGUUAAUGAGUAUAUAACAGUAAAGAGAGAGAGAGAGAAAAAAGAAAAUGUUGGUAUUUUAUAAGCACAGACAAUUCUAAUGGUAACUUUUGUAGUCUUACAUGGAUAGACAUAAAUUGUAAUUUGGGAACAUAAACACUACUGAAUAAAUCAUGUGGCCUAAUACUG